UCUGUGCAUGAGGACGGGACGUGAUUUGAUAGGAUCUCAGUCAAAUGCUAAUGUAAAAAAUUGAGGUGUAUAUCGAUUGGGAUCUUUACCCUCAACAGGCUGUAUCCACGACAACACGCCGCUCGGUAUCUGUAUCAUUCGCAGACUGAGUCGGCGGUGCAGUUUCGUCUCAGACCAACUUUUUGGAAUAUAGGACGCGGGUGUUUGUCGGCUUUUUCCACAUGUCCCCGUCUGGAUUCGCCUGACCCGUACUUCACCGGUAGGUUUCCAGUUUUUCUGUGGUGUGUGUGUAUGUGUAUGUGUAUGUGUCGGCGGUUUAGCCCGCAGUGACGGUUUUUAAGCAGUUUAAACGUAACGGUUACUUACUUGGUUUAACGUCGUUUAAAGUCGUUUUGCAUCAAACUAAAUGGGCUCUUGUUGUAGUUUUAUGUGUUUUCUUUUAUAUACUGUUUUAACUUUGGCUUAUGUGCCUCAAAAUGUUUUUUUAUUUUAUGGGAAGAACGGCUUCAGUCCUCCUAAAGGCUGUGAGUUCUUGUCAAAAUGAGAGUAAGAGAUCACCGGUGUUCUGCCGUAGAAUGCAUCCCUGCCAUAGAAUGAACCCCUGACGGGAGCGCGGUUGAAAGUACAUAACAAGGCGAAAUAAUCCAAGUUUUCCUUACCGUUGGAUGGAUUCUAAAGCGUGUGCCUUUAUUGAUUCCAUUCAGGCUAUUCAGAUAAGCCUAAAAUAAUAGCCCUCUGAUUCGGAAUAUUUUUUGUCCUGAAAAUAUAAUGUUUUCUACCUUCACAGCUUACUGUACAGUUUAUAUACCUAAGUUCACCUCUAUAUGUGCAUUUUUGAAACACAUUAAAACAAAACGAAAGUUUGCUGCUCCAUUUUACAUGUUGUCACGAUCCAAUACUAGAGUUUUUUUUAUAUGAGAUCAUUUUCUUCCACUUUAAGAAGCUAACGAGUGGGUAUGAUACAGGGGAUGCAUUCUACGGCACAACACCGGCUAACGUCUAUGAAGUAUUUUUUGUCUGUUUUACUUAAGCACAGUGGUAAUUGAAGUGUCCCGGUGUUAAGGUGCUUAAAUAUUUACUCAAUAGAUCUGUAACUAAUAGCCUAGUUUUAUGUUUGUAGACGCUCUGAGAGUAGGGUUAGCGCUCCGGUUCGGUAGAGUCACUGGCUUUUCAUUUCGCAUCAAAAUCCUCUUAAGAGUGAAACAGAAUUCAAAAUUGUGAACUUCACCAGCUCCAGAUUGGACACCAAGUUCACUGCAGUCGUGUCAUUCUCUGUUAAAGUGACCCAACAGUGCAGAAAGAAGCCCAGGUUGAAGUUGAAAGGCGCCACUGUUCAAUUGUCCAGCGAUUAUUCUGCGUCAUAAAUCCACGUAGACCUGUGUCGAGGCUCGGGCCAUUUUGCCGGCUUUGCUGCGUCAGUGCCGAGGCUGGCCCAGCAGAUGUGAAUAGUGAUGAGGAUGUGUGCUGACAGCUGAGUGGGACAGGCCGGGCUGCUCCUUCAAUGACUGAAGAGGGGUGUUCACUGCACCAUGCUCCCUUGCCUCUCCGUCUUUCAAAAAAAUUUAACCAUCAUGUUACUAAACAUUUGGACCAGCCUUAUGACUCCGGCCAUCUUCCUCCCCAUUCAGAUGAUUCUUAGUCCUGUGACUUAUUCCUGUCAUCUGCAUUAAAGCUACAGUGUGGCUUGUUAAACUAGUCUAUUGCACUGUGGUUGAGGUCUGUACAUGUGGUGAAUGAGUUCAAGGGUCAUGUAAGAUCUCUAUCUUUUCAUGGUGUAUUAUCCUAUGACAACUCUCUCUUUCACUUAUGAAGAUCUGUUGUGCCAACCAGAUAGUUUUAAUGCAACUGGAUUCAAAGAUGUAACUUCCAACUUCUUGAUACAUUAUUUCCAUAUUUUGGACAAAGAUACUAACCUGCUUACACCAGGAUAUCUUUCACAACACAAACUGUGUUUUACAAUGUCUCAAGAUUGAUUAGAAAUAAAUCCAUUAGUUCCUAAAUACACUGUUCUAGACAUUUGGGUGAAAAAGAAAGAUAUUGGUCAUCCGAGCUAGCAGUUGGUAUAUCUUAAAGAUGACAACAUGGUCUAGUAGUGUUUUGACUCUGUUAGAAAUGAUGCCCAAUUGUCGGGUGUAAGUUGACCUGAUAAAUGAAUUCAUAAUGAUGUGUCAUUGCAUUCCUCGAAACAAGCCAAUGACAUGUAACCAGAAAAUCAAUCAUUCAAUCAGUCAAUCAGUCAAUCCUUCAAUCAAUAAAUCAGUCAGCCCGUAGUCCAGUCCAGGAGUCCAGUAGCUCCUCAUGGUUACAAUGUUUAACCAGUCUCACCAUGAUUUAUUACAUGUUUAUUUUAUGUUUAUUUACAUAUCUUUUAUAUGUAAAUCAGAUUUACCACACAUGCCAGGUACUAAUGCAACAUGUAAGCCUGUGAAGUCGUACCAAGUACUUUGAGAUUCAUGUUAACAGAAAUGCUGUUCACCUAAUACAUGGACUGUAACAAGAUGGUAUGUACACAGACUAAAGGAGAACCCAUUUGUAUUGUCCUGGUACCACUAAAUACAUUAAGAUUUAGUUUUAAAAUAACAUGUAGCCUCUUACUUAUGCAGAAAUGUCACAUUGUCAUUUGUAACAGUGGCUGCAAAAAUGUUAUUAUACCUUUACAUAAUGUGAGAUUUAUUUUAAAUAUCCAUAACUUAUUAUCUCACAACAAGGACCAAUAACACUACUACUAUGACUAAGCAUUUCACAACCACGAGAAGACACCUCAUAAUAAGCUUCCCCCUUUUCCACACUUAUCAAAAUUUCUUUAGUUAUUGCAACAUUUUCCUCUUGUCUUUCCUCGUCUUUGUCACCUUGUUUCAUAAUGUUCUCAUCUUUUAUUUUUCCAAAUGCCUGAUACUCAGUUUUUAAUACCACAUUUCACCUUUUAGAGUAAACCAAGGCCUCCGUGAGAUUUUCUUUGUAUCAGAUAGAACUGUGAUCAUUUGUAUCCAGUUUUUGCUGAAGCACUGCUGUGUCUGGGUUUUCGCCUCUAUUUGCUAAAGCUAUGGGGUGGUGAAGGUUAGUUAACUGAUGACACACAGCCUCGUCUCUGAUGUUACAGAGCAUGUUGUGGGGAAAGUAGGUUACUGGGCCAUGUCCUGCAAGCUUAAACUGAACGCUAGUCUGAAUAUUGCUAGAGCUGCUUAGUGUGACUGGGCAUGCACAAAUGGUGGAGAGCUGUGCAACAGCAAAGGGAUCAUUUCAACUCCCUGUCCCUUUAAGAAGACAGAGCGGCGCUCCACAUAGAAUGAAUGUUGAAUGUCCAACCCAUGUUGAUUCAUCUCAAACACACAUUAAAUGGAGUGAAAUGUAACAACAGGUUGGCUAACGUCAUGGGUAAGAAAUAACCAAGCCCCGUUCAGCCCUUUUAUUAAUGUGAGACAAGCCCAUAUUAAGUAUUGACUGAAUCAGUCUUUCUGUUUUACUCACUGACAACAACAUCUUUAUUUAAUUUAGGAAUAAAAAAAACAAACCAAAACAUGAUGGUGGUGCUGCUGUAGGUGAGGACAUAGGAUGUAGUCAUCCCUCACAGAAAUUAAUAUUGAAGUUUGGCUCUUCAAAAGUUAACCAUUUGAAAUAUGGAUAGAGAGCAGGUUUAGAGUUAUAUGGAAUCGCUCAUGUUACCUGCUCCAGUUUCCACUGCAGUACCUAUAUCCUAUAUGGAGGUUAUUGUUUUUUCACAUGAGGCUAUAUGACUAUAUAGUUUCCCUGGGGUGUCAGUUGAUCUUGUUGCAUACCCUUUCACAGUGUUGUAUUUUGUUUUUUAGUAAUUAGGUGCGGGAAAACAUUAAGCAAAGGAGGAACAUAUUGAAAUAUUUCUUUCUACUCUUUAAAUAGAAAUAACAAAUCUAAACAUUACAGGCAUCUCUAGUCAAAAUGAGCAAAAGAAAACACCUCAUAGUAGGUAAUGAGACAGAGAAAGCCCAGAGAGAUGAAAAACAGGCACUCUGAUGUUACUGUCAAAGUAUUUGAAGAAUCAAUUUCUAUCAAAACCAGACUAGAUUUUUAUGCUCCCUGACAGUCUGUAACAAUAGUUCCAGAUAGUUUGAGUGUAGUGAAUGCUGUCUGGCCAGCCUUCAGAGCCUGUUUGCACCUUUCCAAGAAAUGCAAUUCCUGGAGUGCUUUUCUCUCGUGUGAUUAUGGUUCAACAGGUUGCGACAGGUGUAAUGAACAACGUUAAAGACAAGCAGGUAUUCGAUGUCAAGAAGACCAGUUAACACACACACACACAAAUAGAGUCCAUCAUUCAUAUAGCAAAUGUCUUCAUAAGGUUCUUUUUUUCAAAUAAGUUCUUAAUUUAUCUCAUUUCUCAGGAUCAAAGACUCCUCUUUUGCUUUUACUUAAUUGAAUUAUCAAUAACACUAUUUUCCAUUUAAAAAUGCAGAAUGUCUAUUUAGUUUCUUGUAUUAGCUGAACUUUUUUUCUCAGCAUUUUUUUUACAACCCCAAUCCAAAAAAGUUUAGUAAAAUGUUGAUAAAAAAGUAUUUGAAUGUUUUUGGAUUAUUAAACCCUUUCUGAAAUUGAAAAAUAAUUCCAAAGGCAACAUAUCAAAUGUUGAAACUGAAAUGUAUAUUUUAGAAUAGAAAAGUAUAUGCUAUAUGCACAAUGUGUUGAUACAAAUCUUUGUUGCUUGGGCCCUCUGUUAUGGUGAAGUUAAUGGAGUGUAGCCUCCAUGAGUCUUGAUAAGCAUGGCACAUUGAGCUGGUGCAUCACAGGUGAUACUUGGUCUUUGAACAGGGGCUCUGUUCUGAGAGCAAUGACAGAAACACUCAGUGUAGAAGAGCUGUGACAUUAUAAAGCAUAGUUGAUAGUGAAACUGGUUAGUUAUUGCAUUGAUUUUGGUAACAUGUCUGCACACACGAAGGGUAUUCCAAAGAGACUGAGACUUUAACAUGUAAAGAUGGCAAAAGUCACGUUGAAGUUUAUGUCUAAAGCACAUUUGAAAACAUCCUCAGUCGACCAAAGUGCAGUACAGGAGUGAAUAUAAUCAUACAUACACUUACUUAAGGUUCAACACUCUGAGAGAGACUGUUUAGGUUAGUAGUUGAACAAUUUUAGAAUAAAGACUCUUGACAUAAAACUGCAAAAAAAUUGGGAAUUCUAUCAACUCCAGUACAUAUUAUCAUUAAAAAUAUAGAGCACAGGAAGAAUUCUCUACAGAUUAACGAACAAGGCCCAAUAAUAAUACUGGAUGACCAUGAUCGUUGAGCCCCCAGGUAGUGUUGCAUUAUAAACAGUUAUGACUCUGAAGUGGAAAUCUCUGCAUGGACUCAAAAUCACACAUAAAAUCAUUAACUGUGAACACAGCUUGACUCUGCAUCAACAAAUGCAGGUUAUAACUGCACCACGCUCAGAGGAAGAUGCAAUAUGACCCAGAAAUGUUUGCAAAUCCUCUAAUUAAGACAAAGCUUAUUAAGACAGCCUGAGAGGAAAUGGAAAACUGAGCAGCUGUUUCACAAAUCAUAAUUACACAUACUUUUUGGAAAUCAUCUUCCAAUUUAAAGAUGAGAGAGACCGGCCAGCUUCUCAUCAGCACACGAAUGUAAAGCAAAAAUCUUUGGUUGUGAAGGAUGCAGGAGUGCCUGUAGCAUUGGUAAUGCACACAUCUUGGAAGGCACCAUUAAUGGUGAACAAAAAUAAAGGUUUUGAGGCGUCUUGUUGGCUCCAAGAAUAUGCCUUUUAUAGAGCUGUUGAGCAGCUGAAAUCUGACAUCAGGUAAAAUGGGAGAAUACUGAAGAAAUACAUCACAGGCACAAAAUAUACCUGUAUGAGAAAUUUAAAAUGAAUGAAUAAAUGAUAAAUAUAUUCAAAGAUGUUAAAAUGUUGAGUCUGGUUGAAGUACGUUUUUUUUGUUUUUCAAUUUAUUGCUGUAAUGAUUUUGGUUGUAGUUUGGUUGAGUUUAUUGGUCCAUUGUUAAAGAAAAGUCAUACACAGAGAAAGGAUGACUCAAAAAUAAAUCACGUGUGUAGGUCAGGUAAAAACCAAAAGAGGGCUUAUCCCAAUAUUUAAAGAGAAAAACUACAAUAAUAUAUAUAUAUAUAAAAAAAAAGACUGUAAAUGAAAUAAAUAAAUGUAUUUUACUUAAUUAAAGGUUUACAUUAAAGGUAUAAAAAAAUGUGUGUUAGCAAACAUCAAAAUCAGGAGAAUUUAUAAUUCUCUAUUAUUUACCACAAAAUUUUUCAGACAUCUGAGCAGUUUUUUUGUCUUUCUUUGUUUCCUUUUUUGUACAAAGACACAAAGUCUGUUUGCAAGUCCAAACUUGCAGUCCAGGAAUGGAAGCAAUAGAAAUAGCAACAAAUCCUCACGUCUUAGAAUCUGGAGCUAGAAAACAGCCUUUUUGUUUAAGAGUGGCUUAAAUGAUUAAUCAUUUGCUAAAAAUAGUAGGUGAAAGCGCUGGUUUGACACAGCUCAACACAAUAGUUUUUACAUGACACCAACACAGGAUUAGCACGAAUUAACCCUCAAGUUGACCCCGCUUGUUCACGAUAGAAAGGCAUACUAACAGUUAAUUGUAUGGUUUGACAUUGCAGCAGGUUAUUCACAGUAUUUGUGCUGUUAACUGUUCUUGUGUUACAUUUAUGUCCAUGUCAAAGACCUGCUUGAGUGGUGGGUGAGCAUUUACCUCCUUUAUUGUUACAGAGCUGACAACCCACAGCCUGAGGCAACGGUCUCUAAUUAACUUCACAAGAUGAAUGAAAAAUACUCGUUUCUUGUGCCUACACGCUGCUCUUAAUGAGGACUUUUUCAUAUAUUCACAUAUUUCUCAACUGACCUUUCUUUGCUGGGUUAGCUUUGUUUUUCAAAUUAUUAAUAUUUGUUACAUUAUGUGGCUGCUGGACUACAGGGAUCUGAAAAAAUCUCUGUUGAAUGACCAGUAAGUAAUAAAAAGGGACUUAAAGGAAGGACUCAAACAUAAAAAUCUUUAGAUAUUUUUAUAUUUUCCACAUUGUGUUUAUAUAAAAUGACUGAUUUGAGAUCUUUAAUUUCAUCUCUGAAGUCUAGAAAGAAAUAAUUGACUUUUCAAAGAGUCCAGACAUCUGGUGUUUCUGGUUCAGACACAACUGUUUUGCAAGUAUCUAAAACUCUUGGUUUAAGAUGAGCACAGAUAUUCCUUUCAAUCCACACAGUGUGAGUGAGAUUUAUGGGACUGUUUUACAUCAUAAUCUGUAGGAGGAAAAAAGUUUGUCGCUUUUAUUUAAGUAUUCAAAGCAACUGGAUAACAAAUCCAGAAGAGCAUGCAUGCAGCUAUGUGAUUAAGUCCCUUACAUUUAACAUUGUAUAUGUAUUAUGAGGUUGCUCAAUUCCAAAAUGAAAAAACUGUCAUGAUUCAGGUGUCUGCACUCUACUGAUUUUGAGUCCAGUUCGGUGUGUUUAUCCUCCAAAUUCCUCAAUUCCUCAAUUAAUUGCUCCUAAAGAAUCUCAGAAAGUGGCAUGACAGGUUUGCUGGGCUGUCCACACCAAGCAUAGUCUGAGGGUGAUUAAUGACUGGUAACUGAAAGUCGAUCAUGGUUGUCUAUUUUAGGCUUUGGGAGAUUUUCCAUCUGUGGUCAUUGAGUGCUAACAGAGGGAGUUUAUUCCUUUAAUAAUAAGACCUCGCUAACACUGCAUAUAGCCUCAUGUUAAGCACUGAAUCUGGACCCUUGUCUGAUCUAAAUCAGACAACUCAAACAUAUUAAGCUGGACUUUGCAUCUUGACUUCUGAGCAAAGAACUUGUGAUCGAGUGUGAUCUAAACUGUGUCCACAUAGUAUCUAGGUAUGAUCAAAUUGUCACCUAGAUUUUGUGAUAGGUAAUGACGCAAAUGUCACUCAGAUCUCUCAGGGUGCCAAUAAGAUGUCCAGCUUGCAUUCCGUUUAAUUGCUUUUGUAGAUGCUGUUGUAUUGUUCCAUAUUCGUGUGGUGGUUAAAACAGACGCUACUCCUCCCUCAUUUACGAAGGAGUCACCAUAAGACUUGCUCAUCAUCUUUGUUGAGCCAAAAUUGCUUGAACUCCACACACUUCUUCUGUCAUACUUACUCCAGUCAGACGUCAUGGGAGUAUCUGGGUUUUGCGCUGGAGGCGCUUUGGCAUACAUUUUUGAAUAACAAAUGGUUGUUAGUAAAUCUCCAGUCAGGAGAUUUGCUCUUUUUCUGAAGUCCGUAAAGCCCAGAGGCUGAACCUUAGAAGUGAAAGAAAGACUGAUUAUUUAACAUCAAACAUGGAUAUUUCUUUUGCUCCGUACUUAACUACACAGAUGCCUUAGUUUGUGAACUCAGCUGCAUUCAGCCAGUGGAAAUAUGACAGUAUGUUGCACAUGACUCUUGAGACUAUGACUGGUAUUCAUGUCACCCUCUUAACCUUGUAAGUAUGACAGACAAAAUGUUCAGCUCUGGUUAUAUAACUGCAGCUACAGACGUCAUCGUCCUUGCUGCUGUCGCUGAUCUCUUGCUCCAAAGCACACAGUCAUUGUGCUCUGUAGCUUCAGGCUCAGAUCCACUAGGGCAUGAUUAAAACAUUUAACUUCUUUUUGACAGAAGAAAUAAAAAUAAAAUCUCCCGAUCUCAUUCUCUUGACUCUACAACUUAUCGCACUGCAUCAGUUUGCUUUCUUUGUUUGUUCACUGCAUGAAACGAGUGUCAGAGAUAAAAAUCUCAACACUAUGUGCGAUGUCUUUGUAAAGGCAGUGCUCUACUACACAAAUAUAUCUAUUUAAGGAGCUUUAUUUCACUGAUUUGAGGUUGGCUGCCCUCUGCUUUCAAAAGAGUGAUGCUGUCAUCCUCUCAAAUGAAAAAUCAUCAGGUGAAGCAUCAGGUGAGAUGUAUUCAGCCUCUUUUUUGAGCGCUACACUGCUUUCAGCACAGAAAUGUUUGUUGAAUAAGUCAAUGCUUCUUGAAUCCUGAAUAUUUUCUGUAGCUGAUUCACAGGACAGGUUAAGCUUUUAUCUUUCCUUCACUACACAAGGUCACUUCCAAGAAUUGGGUGUGGCUCCACUUUGUAUUUGGGGUGAGGAAAACAAACAGUUUCACAAUACAUGUCGGCCGGGCCCCUGUGUGUGACCUAUAUGUGAUUCAGAUCUUGAGCUGAGGGUGUUGGCUUCAUGUGCAUUACAAGGCAGUUUGUUUUGGUGGAGUCGAACACAAUUCAGCAGAGGACCAUUAAGUCGCACGUCAGAUCUGAUGCUGAAAAGAGGGGAGCAUGAGCAGAUGGAUUCCAUGUUGUUUGAUGCUCACUUGCUCAUCGGCAAUCUGUGAUGUCAACUAGCAAAACCUGAUUACGACUCGUGACUCUGAACUGCAGAUUGAGAUCCCAGUGAUGAUGGAUUCUUAUUUUCUGUGCGGGUCCAGAAAAUGGAGCAGUUAUUUACAUUAGAUAGAUACUUUAUUCAUCUCUAAGAGAAAUUCAUCCCAAUAGACAAGGUUGUUUUGGGCUUUCUGUUUUUUCUUCCGCAAUCUUUUGCAGAAUUUUGCACAUUUUGUUGAUUUCAUAUGUAUCGCUUAAGGCCAAAACAGAGUGUGGUAUCCGAGUGGAAAUUAAGUUCCUCUGUCCACAUGAAAGGUUGGAGGACAUGCUCUCUUGCAGACCUGAAAGUGAUUUGCUCAAGGACGCUUCAGCAGGGUGACUGAAUCAUGAAUUAUUAUCACAAUGGAGCCUGAUCUGUUUCCAUGUUUAUGCGCUGUUAUCCUGAAUAUAAUGCACACAUAAGUGUCAGCACAGAGGCUGCUGCGGCUGCUCCAAGCUCGCAAAUGGGACCCAUUUUCACUGCUCUUUGAUCGGGCAUGUGUGUCAAAACACAAUGAAUGUGAAAUGAAAUCUAGACAGUGUGAUUUUUUCCCCCCCUUAACUAACGAUCCAGCCCCUUAUCAUUAAAAAUGCAGAUGUUAUUAACCCACUUUCUUACUCAGGCAUCUAUUGUGAUUACAUGGAAACUCAUUUUUCUCUGUGUGCCGGCACUCAGGUGAAAAAAGAUGCCUUCUGCUGCUGGUUAUCGUGCUCCUAAAGUGUUAAUUAACAUUAAGAUGUAUGAAAAAUGCAUGGAGAGAUGUCAAUAAUGUCUGCUCUUUCCGUUUUGGAAUGAAAAAUAUCUCCAGUCUUGUGCUUUGCUUUCAAAAUUAAAAACAGGUGGCUUGUGUUUGUUUAGAGGCAACUCAAUAUUACGUUUUUUUUCAUGAAAGAGUUAAUGCUUUUAUUACAAGCUGCUUUCCUCUCUAAAGAGAAACCUUAAUCUAACAAGAGGUUUGUGUGCUUCAAGAGGGAAGCUUUGGAAAUAUGAACUACAGCGUGUCAUAACAAGGAAAAUGAAAUGGCAAUAGAUAGGAAUGGAGACAUAAGGUCAUUUUUUCCACGGCCUGCUUGUGGAAGACUGUUUGAGUCCACUCCAGAGUCUGUGCUUAAAACAGUGGCUGAUUGAGAUUUUAGAGACAUUCACCCAUAAACCCACAACAAUGGUAUUACUGUGGUAUGUCUAUGUUUCGUCCUUUGGUUAUUAUAGAAAGAUUAGAGCUGUUUCAGAGCCAGGAAUGUAAUCAAAGAUGGAACCUCCGAUGUGAGCCUGAGACAGCCGUACAAAGAAAGAGCUGCGUUGCCCUUUCCACCCAUGCCCUAGAAUUGUGACCCACAUAUUUGCUCACACACUGCCUUAGGUAAUUGCAUCUUUUUCCUAAGCAGCAGCAGACAAUAACAGGCCUGAAAUAAUUUGGUGAUUCAUUUAGAUUUGAGAAAAGAAUAUAAUUAUGAGGAAAUUUGAGAGUAGAUCUACCAGGUGAAAUGAUGUUUGCUUUAAAGGUCUGCUUUGUCAUUGAAAGGAUUUGGCCACCCACAUCGAGCCUGCGCUGUGUGGUGAAUGUGUAAUUACAAGGCACUGCGGGAUGAGGUAUCACCAAAAUCAUUGACAAAUGUUGAAGUAUAAGCACCAAAAGCCAACAUGGAAUAAGUGAAAGAAACCUGCGGAACAUGUAGACUUACACUAAACAGGACUGAGCUCCCUGCACUCUAAAAAUAAAAAGACUUCUUUAUCUUAUACUGCUUUUUAAUUAAGUCUAGACAUGAGGCAUUUAUUGACAUUUAAAUAAGAAACCAAAAUGAUAUGUGAUUGACAAAGUAUUUGGAUUUUUGGGAGGGGUUAGAAAUACUUAGAUCUCCUUACAGCAAAGCAAGCAUUUUUUUGGCACCACCCGUUGGUCUGUGGAUAACAAAUUUGGAGCCUGAAGUUUUGUAUUUUGGCAAGUACUGUCUUGUUUCUAUGGAGCCAGAAGUGACCAUAUUUAGACAGCAGAGUGGAUUCACAUUCUGUUAUUUCUGUCCUGGCACAAACUUUGCAGUGGUAGCUAUUUGUCAAUCACAGUGAAGCCAUGUCCUAAAACAUACACUGCUUUAAUAUUAUCCAUUUUAAUCUAAAUACAAAAUAAAACCACAUGAAUGAUUACAGAUAAAAUCAUGAUAUAUUUAAGGUGACUUAAAACCAGCUGUUGAAGCAGAUUAUCAUUCAGAGAGGCUUUGUAAUUCUGCAACCUACAAAAAAAAAAUCACGGAAAAUAUUUAACUUAACAAUUUACAAUAUCAUAAAUGGACAGAACUUUACGCUACUUUUUUUUUGGGGGGGGGGAGUGCUUUAUAAAUAGAGUUUGAUUUAUUAUUAUUAUUUUAUUUAAAAAAGAUUGAUAGGGAAAAAUUAAACAAAAAUUUUUUUUUAAAUAAAACACUGUGUGUAGUGUAAAAACACUUUUAGGACAAAAAAUUCGGCAAAGUGAGAAAAAAUUCACUCCUUGCAAAAAGAGAAAGACAUCAGAUGAAAACAGUUGUAUUUUUGCUCAAUAUUUUUGCAUUGUCUUUGGCUUAUUUGAAAACUUUUUUUCUGUGGUCAGUGAAAUAUUUUUGUGGUCAUUUAAUGUUUGUACAGUUGACCUCCAGGGCCACCUUAUAAAUCAGUUGACACACAGGAUAAUGUUCUCAAAGACAUAUACAAUUCUACAUUUUCUUUAACCUGUGCAGUCACCCCCUUUUGUCCAGUAGAAGAAUGCAGGUUUAAGUUGAGAUUUAAAGAGGCAGCAUCUACUUUUUAUAAACAUCAAAGUUUAACCAGAAAAUCUACUUACUGUAUUUUUACUAUGUAAUUUGCUCAGAUAAUGAACUGGUUAUACUAUGCUGAAAUCAAUUAAGUAAAAUUGUACAAUUUAAGCAGAAAAAAAGACAAUCAAAUCAUACAAGUUGAUGUUUCUAUAGGCCCAGUUAUGGAUAGCAUGUGUGAAAGGGCAUUAUGGGCAUUAUGGUUUUUUUUCCCCUAAUGCGCAGCAGGUGAGGAUGUGUUAAACUGCACUGUGACAGGAUUGUCCAGCGGGUCGAGCUCUGUCAGUGCAAAGGUUCAGCUGUUACCCAGGGGAGGAUUAGUGAGAAGCUGCUGUUUGGUUCAGAUGGACAGCGCUUGUGGGAAAGAACUGUUGAGGAGGGGCGUGAAGAUUUAGUUUCUUUACCGACUGGUGCUUUUUUUUCCAUUGGUUACUCAAUAAAGGAAAAUGCUGUAACAGGCGAGGAUGUCCCAUAUAGCGCCCUCUGUAUUAUUUUUCCUCCUUUUUUUUUUUUUUUUACUUGAACUACUGUUGGGUAACAGCUAAAGUUGAGCUUCAUCUACACUGGAUUGCAAGGCGCAAAAUGUCCUUGACCUGAACAUUGUGUAACUUGGUGCUAGCCAACAGUGGGAGAAGGUUGAAGAAUGGUUUGUUAAGAUGAAACCUCAUUUUCUGUAAUAAGGUGAUUUUCUGUGAUUGCGGCUGGAUGAACAUCAGCCGCUGCUGAGGUGAUGCUGUGAGAUGAUCUUUGGAUCUUUCUCUAAAGUAGAAGAAAUAGAUCAGGGGUGUGUGACUUUUAUCUGCAAUGACAGUCCUUCUAGUGUAACUUUUUAUCAUGAAUGUAUUCCUGCAGAUUAUCUCAAAUAGGUCUUAAGUUACCAUAUUUAUCAAAAACAUUUUUAUACUUUACCUAUUAAAGUCUCUCUCUGUCCCUCCCUCUGGGUUUCUUGUUUUCUUAAAUUAAUUUAAGACAACCUUUGAAUCAAAUAUUAUUAUGUAAUGAUCAAGUACAACAGGAAAUGGGUAUUUCAUUGCCACAACACUUUAAUAAAGUCUUCAGCCCAGUAAUAAAUCAUAUUUCACUGCUGUGUACAUAGUGCUGGUAAUGGUUCAGUCAUUAUAAUGAGGAAUCAGAGCGUACAGCGAGAAAGCUUUCCUGCCACUUUAUUAAUAUUCAUCAGACUAACAAAUGGGUUUCUGAUGUGCGUAUGAAAAAUCUCCCAGACCUGAGGAAAAAGGAAACGAGUGGCUUUAUGGACAUAGCCGCCGUGGUUGGGGGGAAAGUAGACACCACACAUUGUUACCAUGGGAACACAGAGCGAACAGCAGUGCCACAGUCUAAUUAAUGACAGACAGUGCUUCAACAGAGGGCCGCGAUGACAUCAUCAAUACUAGUUAUCACAGAUGUAGCCUCAGGCAAUAUGGCUUAAUGUCUGAGUGAUUGUCACAAUAAUCCACUUUUUCCUCUCUGAUGUAAAUGAAAGCACUGUGUAAAAAGGUACAGAAUGUAAAGCAUCCAACACUAAGCAUUUAUUAUGUGGUGAGGCCUGCUUAUGAGCACUAAAUGUCAUCUCAUCAUCCAAUAGCAUGACCUACAUAAAAGAGCAGAACUAAUCUCUAUGUAGGCGGAUGGUGAAUAAUGCAGUAAAAUGUGGGAGAUCUUUAUGAAUCUUAGAUGUCUCACACUUGUUGGUUGCUGGCAUAGCAACAAUUUAUUUAGAAUAAUGAUGUUUCAUCACUCUGGUUUUGUUUGCUUUCUUAUGAUUUUGGUAUUGUGGUGUAGUGAGUUUGUUCCUAUGUGAGUUAACGGCACAGAUUCUGCGAUUUUUGAAUACCAUUUCAAAAAGUUUGUUAUUGAUUAAAUGUCUUAAGAAUAAGUUCUUUGGUUGAGUUAUGUAAUAAGGGGUAGCUACUCUGCACUUUAAGCAGUUCAACCUUUCAAAGGUAUUCCUCUGGAGGUACAUCUGCACCACAAAUGCUUCCACUGGACUUUCUGCACUUGCUUUUGAAGUCAUUGAUCUUUUCUGUUUGUGGAGCCGUAGUUACCGUUUAGUCUCAACCCAGCAAAGACUGAAGAACACAGUACAACCUCUCUGCCCGUUCACUUGUGCAAUCAUCGCAGACCACAAAGUGUGGCUACAUUAGAGGAAAGUUUCCUUUAUGAAUAACCGUCUUAAAAUUCACUCCAUUGACUCAAAGGAAAGGGGUCAAUUUAAGACCACAGCUGGAUCUGUUGUGUACCGUAAAAUGUUUUAUAUGGAACCUUCAGAAAUCUUCAGGCCACUGGAAAACAUUUAUUUUCUCUGCGGUAGCCAAGCAUCUUGUAUUCCUAGCUGGACCGUGCAUGAAAAAAAAAAGUAUGAGUUGACUCAGAGGAACAAAUUGUUACGAUUAAUACAACCUUCCCUUCAGAGAAGAAAGUCGACAUCACAUUUGGUUUUUGGCUUUUCCUCUCCCUUAUGUAUCCCUCGUUGUAAAGCAAGCACAGACUAGACAGGCUGGCAAACACAAGUGUGCUGCGUGAAGUUUAUUGACAUCAUGCUGCAUGAUUUUUGUAUGUAGAAGUCCAAAGUUUGUGGACAGUUACCUCUGAUGACCCUCCCUCCCUUUUUUUUUGCUUCAGGGCACUAAUCCACCUGUGAUUUUUUUUUUGUCAUUUUGCAUUUAUUUAAAGAAUGUUAUAUCACACUGAAAAAGUAGAUUACUGCUUCAUUUUAAGCUUUUUAAGACUUCAAUACUGUAGUGUUACUGUUGGGUUUUUCAUGCUGUGGUGGUAGUAUUAGCUGGAUCUGAUGAUGCUAUUUGACAUAUGAAAGCUGUUAUCAAAUUAUGUGUACACCCCCAGAGUCCAAAAAUAAUUAGUCCUGUUUAUUUUCUGUUUACUUAAACUGAACUGGAUAGAGUGAUGGCUAGUCGUUCUCUUUUCCUCCUUCUCGACUGUUCAGCAUUUAAACAUUUUGCUGUGAUUUUUGAAUAUAAGUAACUGCUUUGUUUAGAUAUGGGUGGUGGUUAUAAAAUCUUUGGAGCAGUGUUUGAAGUGUUUUUUGAUAAUACCUGCUAGUUCUUUAGGAACCACAGGGGUCCAUUAUAAUUCAAGCAUGUAUUCUUUUAUUUAACAAGUUAAAAGGUCUUGCCCAAUAAGAAAUUUGGAUUCACUCAUUAAAAACAACCUCUAAGUCUCCAUGUAUAUAGAGGAGAUCUGAUUUCUUUGGUAGGAAGCAAGUACAUUAAUACUGGUAAAAGGCACAGUAGAAUACCCUACAUAAAAUGAUUGAUCUGUCACACCAAAUCCUGCAAAGUAACAACACCUCACAGAAGUAUAAGAAGUAAAGAUAGAUAAGAUAUAAAUCAUGAAUGGUAUUGUUCGAUGUCAGUAUGAAUUUCAUAUGAGGAAAGAAUGGAAAUGGGAGUACUGAAUAGAUUUAUUGACCCUGUCUACGUGCAUUAUUUUAUCUUUGGUUUGAGGUAAAAUACUUUGUUACUGUAUUUAAAAGGUUCAAUUUAAUAAUAAUAAUAAUAAUAAUAAUAACAACAACAAUAUUGUUAUUGUUAUGAUGAUGGUUAUUAUUAUCAUUAUGAUUUUUAUUAUUAUUGUUGUUGUUGUUGUUGUUAUUAUCAUCAUCAUCAGUAUUCAUAUCUUGGGCAGCAAAGUAAGACUGCAUGUAUUCCCAGGACAGUGACAUGUAAUGGAAGAGAUUCUGUUUCCACUCUUGUUUUUCAGCAGCUCCCUCUGUGUUGUUAGCUAAGUGUUUUUGUCUUUGUUGAUUCCACACUCCCAUAUAACUGAUGCUGCUUUUUGUCAUCAUUCUGGGAGGUAUAGGAGCAUCUAUUUGUCUCCCCUGGUGUUGUGUAGUCUACAAACUAUUUUUAAAACCAGUUGGUGGUGACUCUGUGUACUGGUGGUUGGCUGCAAACUGCAGGCGAACUGCCAGCUGAUUAUCUGCACUAUUCGAUGCAAGCUUGAGCUACAGCUACAUAAUUUUCAGCAACACCUUUUAAGUUACGAUGGUCACUGAAAUAUAGAUAUAUAGAUAUGUAUGAAAUUGCUAUUUGACUUUGUUCAGCCUACUCAGUUUGUGCCAUCCGGCUGACGUUCAUACCUUGUGGACUGUAGAAAAACUGGAACAACCAGUGUGAUUGCACAGUGGGAAAAGCUCAAAAAAGGUCCAACAUUGACAAUUGGCCGUGGCCAAUGUGGUGGGGGGCCUUAGUGGUGCUUGGUGGUCCCUGCUGUGUUCAGUCUGGCUAAAUUGUAACAUGCUAGAAAUUUUCGACCAACACACACAGUGAAUCCAUCAUUUUCUAACCUGUGUGAAUCACACAGGUUAGAAAAUAACAGCUUCACAGUGUGUGAAUGAUGGAUAUCAUUCAGUGAUGUUUUGACAAAAACCUCAGCCUAAAUGAUAGUCUCUUUUCUUUCCAUAUUUGAAGCAUAAUUUGGUUGCUUGAUAGAAGUGUAGCUUUCAUCCUACUUACACUGGUGUAUUUAAGUAUGAGUUUACUAGAUAUUUAAAAUUGGUUGUUUAACUUAGUUUGAACUGACCAAAAAUGAAUAAAAAAGAAAUACUACCUCAGUGGCUGCAUGCUGCCAAAGAUUCAAUUUAUCCACUUGAGCAUAAAAGUGCAGUCAUCCAGUCUAUGAAGUGCUUUUAGUCGAUGGGAGAUCUGACAGAGACAUACUGUGCUCCUGUGACUCCAUGUCUCACAAGCUGGUUAAAAUGGCAUCAUACUAGUACCACAUCACAAGCGGGAUCUGUCAACAAAAUCUGGACUAGUAGAACAGCUGCAGACGGAAUAAGCUGUGGGAAAGUGUGACUCAUUACAUGAAGACUGCAGUUGAGUCAAGUGGUCUGGAAAUGUAGCAAUGCUACAAGUCUAUCUCGAGUUCACAGACGUCUGGAGAAAUUCUAAUCAUUAAAUGUCCAAUGAUGAUCUUUAGCAGAACUGGAGUCUGAUAUUUGGUUGGCUUUAGCUUUUUUCUCUGUUUCAAAUGUCGGAAAAAGCUUUGAAACACUUUAAAAGAAAGACCCCUUUACUGGACGUGAAACAAGGAAUACACAUUUUUAAGCUCCUGUGCAACUGUUGUGUACAUGCAUUGAUAAUCCAAACAUUUCGCUGUUGAUAUUUGAUUUCCUUCAGUUGAAGUCUUUAAACUGAUUCCCUUGUAUGUGCAGGCUGGCACUUGCUCCUUUCAUAACAAGAUUGUUUAAUUGGAAACAUGCAUAACAAGUUUUCUGAUGUCAUAGACUGACAUGUCAAAACAGGGGUUUCUCUUUGGCUCUGUACAUUUCCUUCACAUAACAAGUGGCCACCAUCCCAGGACUGCCUGUCAUUAAGGAAACACGUUUAUGCAACCCAUUAAUCCUGACUGAACGUGAGAAAAGGGGAGGGACUGUGAUUGGGACACUGCCGUGUACAUGUUUCUUUACAAACAUUAUAUAGAAGUUAUUUAGUUAAUACAAUCCAUAGGGGGAAUUCUGUGGUAUAAGUAUACAAACAGUUUAGCAGCAGAUAUCGAGUGGCCCAGCAUGCACUGGUUCAGUGGAUUAGACUUAAUCCACUCGGUUCUAUGGAUAUCAGUGUCGUUGAUAGUUCAUUAGUUAAGACUGGGCAUUUCAAAGAAAAGAGAAAAAAAAUACUGGAUUGUAUUGCCAUUACAUUUUGUAAGAACAUUUGUGAACCUCAGAUAAUGAAAAGCAACCAGUUUUCCCCCAGCAGCACCAUGGGAUUCGCAUUUGUGGUUGGAGUGAAACAUCUCUACUACUAUUGGAUUUAUUUCCACAGUGUUUGGUUCUGACUCUGGUAUCCCUCAGGAUGAUUUGUAGCCUACCAGUGUUUAGUUUUCUCGACUUUUCAUCCAGUGAAUAUCAUCAGUUUGUUUAACAAGACUGAUGGAUCAGCAAGAAUAAAGCUAUACUUUUUUUUAUUAAUAAAGCUAUGGUUUUAUGAGAAAGAAGUUGUUGUUACAGUCUAUAGCUAACACGUGUAACAUAACGUAGAGGUAUAAAAAAAGGACAUGCUGUUACCUGCACUAAUGUGAAGAAUGUGGAUCACCUUGUGAAUAUACUCAACAGCUGGGCACAAACAGAAGAAGUUGCAGGAGCUUGCACAGGCUGCCUUUCAGCUUGCCCUUCUUCACAAGACAUUCACUUUCCUGCACAAACUUUUCAGAAUCCUGAUUCUCUUAACAGUGUGGUGCUAAUGUGCCUAAAGACUGAGUGUUCAGUUAUUUAUGAAACAUGAUGGUAAAAUAUAACUCCAUGAGCUACUCCAAGUUCCUCAUUUUUGUGAAAGCGGCUGGCUGCUCUCCUGAUCUCCUUCUUCAAAAUAUCAUACAGGGAAUCGGAACUGUAGACACAAAUUAUGACUUUAUUCCUAGAAAUGUAUUACUUUAGUCUCAUUAAUGUGAGACUUUAUUCUGGGAAAUAUAUUACUUCAUUCUCAGAAAGGUACAAUCCUUUUUUUGAAAUCCAUUUUUUUCUUCUAUAACAUCACCCUAAUAUUCUGCCAUCGUUGUCAUCUACCUGGCCAUACUGUUGUAAGCUUUAACAGUGAAGCCAUUACAUAUUUUGUUAACCAUUACAGUUAUCUCUCUCUAAGUUAAGCUAAAAAAUUGUAUUUAUAGAAUUCAUACAGAGAACUAUUGACAGGUUCAAGUGUUGACAGGUUCAUAAAUAUAUUUACAAGUUUAAAUGCGUUUCACUGUAGCUGUUUGUGAGGGUUAGCAGAUUAUGCAUAAUGUGUCUCUGAGGUUCAUUUACAUUUACUUUGAGUUCCUAGCCUCUGAUUGGUAAGUGCUGUGACAUGUGAUCUGGGUUGUCCAGGAUGUUAAGUUUUUGGGUUAUGUAGUGGGGAUGACAAGAUGGCUAAAGAGUAAAAGUGCUGCUAAGAAAGUUAUCCAUCUCCAUUCUGCUGUUUCUCAUCAUUAAAAUUAUCCAACCACCUUACACCGAACCUUCACGUUACACUGUCAAUAUAAUCAACAUUGUUAUUUCAAACUCACUUGUUAAACAUCCUCCUGUUGUUACUGUUACCAUAAGAACGUGUCCAUGCCAGCAUUAGGAUUCAGCUCAGUGAAGUGCUGUGUUUUGCACUGCCAAAAGAAAUAGAAAAUUAACCAACUGAGAACAAUAAAUGGAAAGAAGACUGUAAAGGUCCUUACACACCGGGGCCAAUGCGAAUAUAGAACACGAAAUUACGAAAUAUUCGGAGGCGAAGUUAGCAUAGAUGAAAGUUAAAACCAAGACGUUUAGCAAACUGUUAAAGCACACAAACCAUCGUCAUAUGAGAGAUCCGACACUAUGACUUUCCACAAGUUGUCCUUCAGGUCCUUAUCUUUGUAAUGUUUGUGUCUUUUAUCAUAAAGUACUCUGUUUUCCGACAUGUAAACAAUCAACUGGUCGGCCAUGUUGGAUAUACCAGCGAAUCAGAUGUCGCAACAACAUGAAAUCUGAUUGGUCAGAAGUGGACACACAGUGUGCGAAACUUUAGAAAAAUCGGCUGAUCGUCUGAAAAAAUAAAUGCCGCAAUAUUGCAGGACGGGAAAACGUCGCUGAUGUGAACACUGGUAUUGACAGGAUACGGGUUCGAAAAAAAAUACUGACGUCUGAAAUAAUCGCACGACAAAAACGGUCUGGGUGUGAAAGGACCUUAAGAUUAAAACCAGAAGCAGCUUGAGUAGCCUAAUGUUGACGCACCUGUUAUGCACUCGCAGCCUCGGCUAGUGUUUUGUUCGUCCAAUAAGUGUCCAUUUACUUGUUCCAUUAAGCUCAAGCAAUAAAAGUUCUGCACGUAAAACAGCUUGAUUUGGAUAUAUCAAUCCAUUUAUUCUUUUGCGCCAUAAACCAAAAAUCAAACACAAAAUCCAGCUGCCAGCCUGCUGUCAAUACAACCAAAACGCUUCUUGUGCGCAACACCUGAAGUAACUAGUGGGCACCUUAAAUGUCCUUUGGUGCUCUCCACAGCGACACACAGGUAAACUAAAGAAUGGCUCCACCAGGUAAUGUCCUAUCAAGCAGAUAAACAGAUAACUCAUUAAGAAUCACCAAUCCCAGCCAAAUAACUGAUAAAGUCAGGGUCAGUAGUUCAGUGUUUCUUUCUUUGGUGUCUCAAAAUAAAACUAAAUCAAGAUCAUUACUUGCUUACAUAUGUCGAGGCACUGUGUGGACCCAGUGGAGACAGUUCAAUUAGAUUAACUGUAGAAUGAUUAACACACUGGUGAUUAUGGCAAUCAAAUAGGGUUGUUAUAGAGUCUAAAGUUUCACCUCCUUAUUAUCUCUGCGGUUCUUUAAAUAAGCAGGCUGCCGUUAAGGCUCACUUUCAGUCGUCUUUAUGCUUUACAAUGUUCCCAGUUCUUGUUUUAAAUCUGCAUCCACAGCCAUUUGUGUUAUCAUUUAACAGGAGCAAAAUAUUUGGAGUCAGUCCAUUAUGAGCCCUUGAAAUUAGUCAUGCAGACUGCUGACCCACAUUUGGGACUUCAGCUGAGGAAAAAAGGCAACCAGGAAGUUGUAAAAAAAAAAAAAAAAAAAAGAACAACAUAGGAAGUGGGGAAGUAGCCUACUUGAAGGGAAACAAAAGCCACAAGCUUCUUGUUUUACAUAUGGAUUUAGUGUCAUGUUAGCAAUCCUUAUUCACUUAAAUAAAUGGUUUAUAAAAGCAGAGGGUCAGACGGGCUAAUCUGCUGCGUCCUGCAGGCAAGGAGGAGACACCCUUUACCCUUACCUCCUCCUCCUCCUCCUCCUCCUCCUCCACAUGUGAUUUCUCUUUUGAGAGCACUAAGCAGGCAGCCUCUGUCCUUUUAAUGUUGAUUUUCAUCAUGUCAACCCCCUGCUUUUCCUCCCUGGAUACAUGUAGAGGUUAGCUUCAUAGAUUAAAGGCGCUAUUGCCAAGUUGUAUUCAGACUCAACUUCACACCCUCCGUUGCGCACACUUAUUACAACACAUAAAUAUAGUUUUCCCAUCGCAAAGCUAAGAAUGACCUUAAGGUGGGGUGCUAUUAUGCUUUUAGCACGUGUUAAAGAUUACGAUGAGCCCCCUCCUCCCGGUCACUACAGGUUUCUUUCGGUUGUGUUGCACAGCCGCCUGCUUAUCCUACUGCUGCUGCUGCUGCCGUCGUUAGCCGAGUAUUGAGCUACCAGCUGACCUACUUUCUCUGCUCUCAGCCACUCGGUCCUGUUUACAAGCCACUGCCAGCGGAGGAUGUGGAGUACAGUGCCUGGAAAAUACACGGACAUAGCCGCCAAAAGACCACGAAAGGGACAUUUUAUCGUGCAUUACUGAGAAAUUCGUAAAGCCGGGCUGCUCACCUACAGGUUAUUAACGGCGUCUUAUUAACUUAGGUGUUGUUAUGCAAUUUAACGCGUUCAGCGCUCGCUCCCGGUCUGUCACACGCUGCUAGUUGUGCUUACUUGCAAUGCGUUAGUUUUACAAAAAUAUGUCUGGAUUGAUAAAAGUAAAGUGUGGAUCUUUAUUUCUCCUGGAGACCCGGUGUCAAGGUACGUGAGGUUGAUUUCAAGCUUUCAGUUUUGCGUCAGUCUUAGCAGAGAAGCGCAAAAAAAAUACGCUGCCACCCGUAUAUGCACUGUUUAUAACAUCAAAGUUCAUGAGGGGCCUUUUUCCACAUCAAAUCAGAGGUGGUCAGCCGUGUGAUUUGCCCCUUAAAAGACCCAGGUCAACAGUUUUUGGGCGACCAAGACUGUGCAGGCUGGAAGUGUUUACAGAGGCUAUAUUUCGUCUGUAUUAGCGGUGAUACACACAUACACAGAGCGCUCUUGAAUGCUACUCUUAAUGUUUGCAACUCUCAGUUAUCUAGUGCCCUGGUUACAAGGUUAAAAUAACCUAUUUUUUCCUUCUGCUCAACAACUGCUGAUGAUAUUCAAGGCAAAACACUGAAGAGAAUUUCGUCACUUGCUUCUAAAAGACUCAAGAUAACAGAAUGUUAAAUGUCAUACCAGAAAAUAAUUCUUUAAUCAUUUCUCAGCAGGCUCAGGUCAGGCUGAUGUUAUCCAACCUGGCAGCUUUAAGUCCGCUGGAGUUCACAUUUCUCUGACUGACCUGUUGUUUGUUUGUGCACUAGGUAUUUUGUGUUUCUCAUUCACAGUUACUUGUGGAUAGGGAGCUUCCUCUAUGUGACUUUGCAUGUUGAAGAGUGGCAGAAUAACUUGCAUAUAUGUGCAUACCGGGAACUUAAAGAGGUCAUUGAGUGCACCCAUGGACCUUCCCAUUGUUUCUCAUUUGUAGGUGCGGGACCAAUAGAAAUGCUUCCUGUUUGCUUAUUACGUUUAGAGACACUUCAGGACAUUAUGAACCAAAUGAGAUUGUCAUGUUCCCAUAUGCCAUUAAAAGUGAACAUUUACAAUGCAUUUUUAAAGUUUUGCAUUAUGCAGAGGUGUAUGUUGGGAUGUGUUGUUUAGAUACAGCUGAUGCAGAGCGCAUAGAGGUUGGAUAUCACUGAAAUUCAUUAUAUUCAACUUUCAUCAUAAUCUCCAGCAGAUGGGGGAAUUAAGCAAAAAACAACAACAACAAAAUAAACAGUAUUCUUCACAAAAAUAAUUUGAGAUUAUGAGCUCUCCGAGUUUGAGCGACCAGACCUAGAUAAAUGUAAAUGCAAUCCUUUCCAGAUUGGGUGAAACUAAGCUUUUCCAGUCCCAGUUAAUGUUUACCUGACAGCCUGAGCUGUGGGCUCAGAAACAGAUGCAGGAUGAGGUGGUCAGGCAAUGUAAACUUUUACACAAGCACAGACAGUAGCAGCAACAAGCCCAGACUCUGUGCUUGGAUUAGUAAGUGGCUUAAAUUCGUUGAUCAGCUACAGAGCAGCAGAACCACUGCGAGCCCUCUGGCAGGAAAUACCAUUAUAUAUUUUGAAGGUGGUAGAUUUUUCAAAUUAGCUGUUUUAAAAUUGAACAACUAGCCAGUGGAUAAGUUGUAAGUCUUUGGUACGUCAAUGAUGCAAUUAGCAAAAACAAAUCAACAUUGAAUUACCUUCAGUUGGUUUAUUAUGAGCUUGAAGUCUGAGGACUCAGACGUGCUGAUGUUUGGUCCAGCUCUUGAUUUUUUUUUACAGGAUGUGUAUGUUAUGUACUUGUGUGCUUGAAUAUUGCUUUGCUGAAUAAUUUAUUACCUUUUAAUGAAACCAUUAUUUACAUCUUUCUCUGUGUAAAGUGUGCCCCCUUUGAAAGCGGGCUUUGCCCAUGAAUUCAAGCGGUUUUUGUGCAUUUUUAUGGUUUAAUCAUCAGACAUGCCCUUUAGCUUAAAUUUAGAGUGUGUGUUGUUUCUGGAAACUGCUGCCAGUGUUGGAGCUGUUGACUUUGGAUGGUGUUCAACUUUUUUAGUGAUGAUAUGUCAGUGGUAUGAGUCACCUUCACUGACCAUUCCCUGUGCAAUGAUUAAAUAUGGCAGCUUGUGGGCUCAAUACAGUUUUUACUUUAUUUUACAAUGUGCUAGUUUUUCAAGAAACAAUGUUAAAAGCAUUUUUCUGGUGCAGCAGAUAUGACAUCAUACAAAUCAUAUUGCUUCAGCAUAUUAAUACAAAAUGUCAUUAUAGCAACAAAGCAGCCAUGCUUUUUGAUUUCAGCCAUUGCCUUUAAUGGUCUAAAUUACUCAUUCCUAUUAGGGAGAAAGCUUCCAAAGUUUAAUCAAAGAUUUAGGAUUCCAGUGUUCAUAAUUAAGUCAUAGAAAAUAGUCUUUGGUUCAGGGUUCACCUCCUCAGAAACUAAGAACCAAUUCAAUAAAUUGCUUUAAACCUCAGAGAAAUCCAUAAAUAAUAAGGAACUAGUCCACAAAGUAGCAGUUGCAUUUGAUUAAUUGCAAGGCCAAUUGAAAUGUUUGUAAAGUUCUCUGGUGUUUUGUGGCUGGCAGGACAGGCCAGAAAGAAAAAAAAGAAGUAAUGAAGAGGCUGUAAAAGGUCCGCAGUGAUGGAGGCAGCCUCUCUGAUGAAUGGUUUGGUAAAAUCUCAGACAGUUGACAAAUCUAUUUAAUCUUGCUCUGUUAAAAACUCAAAGGAACAAGAGAAUUCAGGCUGAAUAAUUUAUAACCUUAGUCUUUCUGGAUGCAUGGUAAUUGUGCAAAACGUAAUUCUAAUUAGUGACUUGUAGAAUAAAUUGUAGGCAUGAUAAUUACAAAGCACCAGUUCAAUAUGAUCCAAAUCAACAAACUUGGUUUCUUAAGUCUUGUGCUCACAGCAGAUUAAAGAUAAACUGCAGGGCAUGUAUGACGUAUCCAAUCCACACCAGCUAAGCAUACCUAGGCAUUGCAGGAAAAAUAGGUCUUGAUUUGGCUCUUAUCUGUUGCAUGAUUUUGGAAGAACCGAAAAACUAUAAGGCAGAACAUUAUGCUUUAAGAUGUUGGUGAGAUGACAUACUAUGUUAUAUUAUAAUGCAAUAUAAAGUGCUUACAUAUUGGGUGCCAAAUGUGUCACAAAAAUGUGUUACAUAAAUCUGUAAAAAAAAAAAUCACAUGACGGAAAAUCAUUGCAUCUGCAAACCUGACAUGGUGACACUGGCAGGCUCACAGGUUACACCCCAUUCACUGAAGCAAAACAGGUAUUUUGUCUUUGACAAACAGAUGAAUAUCUGCUGGCAGCUUUUCUUAAGUGUGGUCAGGCCCCAAUGAGCCAUGACUAUGACGAGGUUACCGAUGGUAUCAAUCACAACCUGUUUUCUGAGGAGCUGUAAUCCAUCGUAAUGAAUGGGCAGAUGUUUGAUAUUUGCAAAUGCAGUUUGGCAGAUAUUUUUGUGAUGAUUGUAUGAGUAAAUAUCCAGUUUCUUGAAUAAUAGAAAAGAGCCGUCUACAAUUACAUCCUCUCAAACAAUUUUAUUUAGAUAUUGACGUGAUAACUGAUUGUCUCUUUUACAGUAUGACCAAAAUUAAGGCCACCAUCAUGCUUUAACAUAGUCUAAAAGCUGUGUUUCUUUCUUCCAAUUUUUUUCCCCCCAACAUUGACAUUUAAAGAAGUGGUUAUAGCUUCAUAAAUGCUGGAUGUUUUGGAGUAAUGUUCGUUCAAACUUUAAAUAUAAUGUCAAUUUUAUAUCCCAUCCAAUUAAAGGGGGUUAAUGAUAAAUGAAACUAUCUUUCUAAUGAAUAACGCCUUUCAUGCCUUACACUGAGCUUUGUUUUCUCCAGCUCACUUCACUUGUUAAAGUAAGUGUUCCCCCUCACACAGCCUGUUUACACACAGCGUGGUUGCAAACUUGAACUUGAGCUUGAGUGUACGACUCCUGUCAUGAGUUCAGGUUGCUAGUUUUAAAGGCUUUAAAUACCUUAGGGCACAAGUGUAACCGGACUCUGGUGUUUUUUAGGUGUUAACCUUGUAAGGUGUGGUUUAACCUCGAUACGUUCAGAGAAACAGGCUGAUAUAUGAGGAUUCUUUUUACACGGCUCUGCUGAAUGGAGACAUGUAUGAGUAAAUUCACCAUGGAGAGGUAUUUAAUGUGCCUAAAAUAAAUGAAUUUCCACUAUCAAUAAUUUACCAUAAAUGCCAUUGUAAAUAAUGACAUUGCUUUUAUGGGAUGAAAGCUUUUUCAUAUUUCAUUACGCACCAAAAGCAUUUUAGUCACUGAACUAAUAUGUCAGGAUCUUAUUUUCUUUGAAUAAGAGGUUUCAUUUUCCCACAAGAAUUCAGCAGAUUGUCUAAACAGUAGUUUGGCAGCAAGUGCAGAUAGCGCUGCAGCAAAAGCAGAAAUGAUGUUUCUGAUUAGGCAUUAGUGUUUCCCUCAACGAUAGCGAAUGUUUUUCUUGCUGGAUAGGAAAAAGAAUAUCAGGAGUAAGUUCCAGAGUAUUAAAACCAAAAUGGGCUUGAAAAAUAACAGCUUAAAUUUUCAUUCAAGCUUUUUAGACAUUACUCUUCUGCACCCAGAACACAAUUCCCCCCCUCUGUAUUUCCUGCUUUUCUCCUCAUGUAGACAAUGAAGUCAAGGAGGAGAUGUUGGUUUGUUUACUUAAGUCAAACAUGUAAAUAAAGACCGAUUUCAGUUGCUCUGCUUUGUGCAAUGCAAUGUCUAAGUCAGGCCACCAUGACCUUCUGUCUUUGAACUAGCUAAACACGAAAGGGGGAGUGACCUCAUGUGCAGCAUAGAGGCACCGUGUGAAAUAUACAUAACAUGGAUGGCUUAGAGUUAACACCAAAAUAUUUGUUUGAAUUUCUGUCCAUUUUACAGUGAAAAACAAAUUAUCCUGUUAAGUAGAGAAAACUAAAUACCAGCCAUUAAUCAGGGCAGAGAGAGUGAUGCUGACAAAGAUAUUUACUGCAGAGUCAUUUAGACAUGGCUAGAGGAAGUCAAUGCAGAACACUUGUUAAACAUUUGGAGAAGACUCUUCAUGAUGAAACUGGUAAAUGGGAUGGAAAAAUGGACCAACUGUGUUUGACUCAGAUACUUAGUAUCCUCUAAAGGAUGUGUGCUGCAUUAGGAAUGACUAUUUUCAUUAAAAAGUGAAUCACAGAGGCAGGGCUGUUGUUCAUGAGCGUUCACUGUUGAUGACAUGGUCGAGGAAUGUUUUGUUCCCUGGUGUUUAAAGUCGUUACUGCUUCACUAUAAAAGUCUUCCAGGAAUGUUUCCCCUAACUAUGUGCUCUCUGUUUGAUAUAUCUAGAUAUCUACAGUGUAUCCCAUCUGAUUAUUGUGCGUGACACUGAGAAAGUGAGUGAAUAUAAGUGCCCAAAUUUAAGUAAGAUGGAAGAACGAAUAUAAACAUUUAUGACAAAUAACAAAACAACCCGGUUAAACAGGAGUUAAGACUUUCUGGAAUAAGUAUGUGAAGCAGUUUCAUGAGGUGUUAAGAACAGAGAGUUGGUGACAGUGGGGAGGACAUCAGGAAACGGCAAUGCUACCAUCUGUUGAAACCAAUGCAGGGAGAGAAGCAUAUGACAGUAACAAAACUGUAAAAUGGUAGUGACUUGUUUUAAGCAUUCACUAAGAUUUGCCUUUAUUGCUCUGUAGAUCAAAGUGUGGUGUUUAGCACCAAAGCUGUGCUAAUUGUAUGAUUUGUCAUGAAAUCUUACAUCUAAAGAUUAGAAUCCCCAAACAAACCCUAAAUAUGUAUCAUGGAGCCAUCUGAGAUAAUUCAAAUGUUUCUACCAGAUUAUAGUUAGCAUAAAAUAUAUACCUAGAAAGACGCGUAGACACUGUUAGUUAUAGAGAACAAAGUUAGUAGUUAGGAACAUAAUGUAACAGGGGUUAGAAUUUUCAGCACAACAUGGCUGUGCAGUCAUCCAUCCAUCCAUCUAUCCAGUACACCUGUUGAAGCCUCUCCCACCACUUAUAGUGUGCUGGUGGUCUGUAACUGAAUCCAUUUUGGCACAUGACCUCUCACUGACUUGUGCUUGAAGUUUACCUCGAAGAGUUUUGUGUUUGCUGUGUACUGGCAAGACUAUGAAAACAGUACAUGUCACUACACAGGAGAUGAAUAUAACACAGGUAGUAAUUGACAUGUCAUCACAGCAAUAACUUGUGCUAUGUGUUACCUUCACAUUAUCAGUAUGAGAAAGCAACACUUGCUUUGAAUUGGAAGUGUCAAAUAUCUGGAGAGAAAAUGUGGAAAAGCUCUUUAAUGGUUAGGGUUUAAACACAACACAGAAUUGAACAUGCAUAUUAUUGUAACGAGUGUUAAAAAAAUGACAGAAAAUAAAUUGAAUAUCCACAAAAUAUUGCCACUAGAGCCCAGCUUUUUCUUCAACAUGUACAUGAAGAAGAGCUUCAUUGGUUUUCUCAUAAAAAUCUAAAAAAGUCAAAUGAUUCCUUCAUUUCUGUACAAGAACUGAAUCCAUUCCCAUUAUUAAAGAAAGACACAUUAUAACCCAGCUUUUCAGCUCAGGCUAGUUUGAGGUUAAAUGUAGAUUGUUUCAUUAGUUAAACAGAAACUUAUAAUGUUUUGAGUAGUUAAUUAUUCAGGGUUGCACCUCAUCACUCUUUAAUUUCCAUGAAAGUAUUCCCCCUCUGACAACUGUUCUCAUCAUAAUUGAAAUGAUGGAAAAUGCAAUAACCGGUCUUUUCCCUCGAGGCUUCAUUUGUGCAUCACUCAGAGUUGAAUAGAGACAAGACCACAAAACAAUUUUAGACAGAAGAAACUGAUGUCAGUUCUGUAACCACAUUAAGAAAAAAGAGUUUUACAAAUACAAUUCAUAUAUGUAUAUAUACUUGCAUGCAAGCCAGAGCUUUUUUUAGUGGUCGUCGUGGUUUAAUAUAGAGGUGCUUGCUCUGUUUUGUCAAAGCCUGCUCUACACAGAGGAUGUGACGGGGUUGGCUGUUCUUCUCCUUUUUUAUGCUGGGUUACUAAAAGGAAGUUUCUGCUUCAGACGCUUUUCUGGGUCAGGGGAGCUCCUCCUGUGCAAAAACACCUCUUUAAUGAUGUAUUACUGUACCCAGGUAGCAGCUGAAGAUUGUGUAUGUGCUUUAUGUUGUAUUAGUCCCACCAGUAAAAAACAGAAAAGGAUAGUUGAAUUUUCAGAUGAAUGGAUGAUCUUCCUGUAUGCUGUGUAAUUGAGAAUCAUAACAAAAUAACCCCCAAUGCCAUGUUAAUGUGUCUUUAUGCUUGAACAACUUUUUUUAAAAUGAAUUGUUUUUUUGUUUCUCAGGUUUUGACAUUUCUUUGGUGGACUCAAAGAGGCGGUUGGCAGCUGGUCCCUGCUAAAUUUUUCCAAAAGAGUGUUCAGACAAGGUCAGCGCGGAUGGGACUUACAAGACUACAGAAAGGGCCUGGUUGGGAAAGGGAGUGAGUAUGGACAACCUUUCUGACUUCGGUGGCCCCUGUCCAUCCUCCCGCAGGGAAUGGGAGUAAGUGCAGUUUUUUUUUUUUUUUUUUUUUUAAAUUAAUGCAAAGUAAAGUCCUCUGUCUCUGUCACUGCUUAAUAUGUCACUGGGUGGCUUAUGUUUUCAUUCAUUGGGUCGAACACCAUCAGAACUUACAACUCUUUUCUUAUCUGAUCAUGACUCAGUUUGCUGCUCAGAUCUAUUAUUAUUACAAGCAAAUAAAUGAUAGUAUGAAAAAGGAAGCCUACUGCCUGUCCCGGCUCUGAAAAGAUGUCAAACUAUGGCAAAGUUACAGAUCGAGAGAAGUGGAUUAACUAUCUACCAAGGAAAGAGAUUAAAGGUGACGAGUCAUCAGGUGACAGUGAUUUCUCAGAAGGAUUCAACCAACUCUUAUUUUUGCUGAUCUGAAUUUGAUUCGUACUGACUGUUGUGCGACUUCUAAUUUAUUCUAAUUUCAUUCCUACUUCUGUUCUCCUUCUACUAAUAUUCGUAUUAUAGGUGUAAUGACCAAAUUUCCUCCCGGGAUAAAUAAAGUAUUCUGAUUUGAUUCUGAUGAUCAGAUUUUAUUUUAUAAGGCACAUUCCAGGAAAUGAUGUUGUAAAUCUAGGCAUUGAACAAUUGAUGAAGUCUGUCUCGUGCACUCUGAAUAACCCCCAGUUUAAGCUGGAGUGCGCCACAGUUGGAGACACACUUCUUUCACUGCCUGCUACAUUUGUCUUGCUCGUGUGCCCUCUUUAACAGCCACUGCUCUCUCUUUAUUUGUUGGUCGGCUACCACUGACAUCGUUUGGUCUUAUUUACAUUUGAUUAAAAAAAACUCAUAUAUUGAUUGAUGUCUGUUGCAAACAAACAAAGAGAAGAGGAGAGAGAGACAGAGAUAUUACUCAGUCUUUUCAGGUUUUCUGUUAGUCCUAACCUGCAGACUAUUGACUUGUAGCUCCAUUGCAUUGUACUAUGACUGAAACCCCUACAAUGACGACAGUAGUAGGAAAUUUAGUGUAAACAAAGAGCAAACUCUCUGCAGAUACACAUUACCAACCCAGAGUUAAUAUUUUUAUGAAUUUACAGGAAUAAUCUUAUUUAUUUUGCCUGUCACCAUGAUGAACACAGGCCAAAUAAAGGUCUGUGUGUAUUGACUCAUUUUGUUCCAGCACUUUGCGCAGGUUACAAAAUCAAAAAUCACACAUUAACAAUUUUUGUGUUCAGUUUUAGUUGCCAUGGUAUCCAAACAAGUAUUGAUAACAUCUGUUUUUUACUCAAUUCUUAAAGCUCAAAAUUCUAGUCUUUUGACAACCCUAGCCUGGACAAUAAGAGUGUUUUGGUAGCCUACUUCCUGAAAUCAUUCAUCAGUGGCAAUAAUGACAUGCACUGGGUAUCUUGCUGCGGGCUGUAUUCAGGUCAAAGUCUUAUUUGGGUGAGGCUGUUUACAUAUACCUCAGAGUCCUAAGACUGAUUAUCUCUGAACCUGUGAUUUUUUUAUCCCCACAUGUUACUCAGCCUCAGGAAGUGAAUAUCUCCUUGUAUGUAAAAAUUAAUACAACAUUUAAUACUAAGUAGACAGCUAAGGCCCCCUCCUGCAUAUAUUUGACGACGCAAAAAUGACACAAUGCGGUCAAAUUGCUGCCAUAUAUCUAGACGGUGUUAACCUCGGCAUGCAAAGAUAUCUUUUGCAAAAUAUGAAAAUAGAGUUGUUUACAUGAGUUGUUUACAUACAUACUAUUGGAGGAAAGAUAGGGCAAUAGCAUCACUUUAUAAGCAGUUAACUGUCUUAGUUGUUGGCCCUUAGCACCAGAUGAAGUCCUUUACCCAUGCAAGUAGGCUAAUACUCUAAAGACAUUUUGGCUCGUCAUUGUAAAAGCAAGUUUUUUAACAACAGUGAGUGACUGCUUGGUUUUGUUUAGUAUCAGGAUCCUGGUGUCAAAGUCAUCAUUAAUGGACAGAGUUGAGAAUUGAAAGCUGUUCUCUCCCCAUGAUGACCAUUUAAAUGUCUGCUUGUGAAGACGUCAACGAUUGACCUUUGCCAGAGUUUACUUUUAUACCACUGUCUGUUGUUAGCCAUGUUCACUUUAACGUUAUCAAUGAAACUUCAUUGACCUUGCACCUCUGUGUUUUCCAGCACCAACAGCUGCGUGGAAGAUUUAAUGGAUGAAGAUGAGAAAGACAGGGCAAAAAGGUACUGACCUCAUACCGUAUGUUUGUAUGUAUGUUUGUUUGUUUGGCCUGAAAUGCUACUUGAUUAAUUUAUAGUUUUCCCAAUGACCAGACACUAAAACAUGAAGCUUCGUCACAUUAUGAUCAAGAAGGAAAUUAAAAAGCUUUAAAGAAGGGUCAAUAUUUUUCCUUUAGUUUGCAUGUUCAGUCUGAAUAGGUUAAAAAAAAAGUCUGAAAUGUAGUUUGUUGAUAGACUGAGCCGCCAAUGAAUUCUGUUUUUGUUGUGUUGAAGGGCAUCUCGUAACAAAUCUGAAAAGAAAAGAAGAGACCAAUUCAAUGUGCUCAUCAAGGAGCUAUGCACCAUGCUGCAGGGUCAAGGCCAUCCACGCAAGAUGGACAAGUCCACUAUACUGCAGAGAACUAUUGACUUCCUGCAGAAACAGAAAGGUGGGGGUUUGAAAUGUCUUACGCCUACUACAGAUAUCAGGGUUUGAAACGAUUUUUCCCCCUUUUAUUGAAAUUGUUUCUACUUUUGGAUACACUUUUCUACCUUAAUCUCUUGAACUAAAAUAUCAAUUUGUCAUUUUUUAUUCUUGUGUUUUUCAGACAUCACUGCACAGAAUGAUCCGUGUGAUGUAAGACAGGACUGGAAGCCUUCAUUCCUCAGUAAUGAAGAGUUCACUCAGCUAAUGCUGGAGGUGAGACUCAGGAGGAUGUGUUUGUGGAGCGGCCCAAGUCUGUUAAACUCCGACACUGAUUGAUAUAUAUAAUAACAGAAAGGAAACAUUAUUCCUAAAGUGCCCACAGAGAACUGCAAAGAUCACGUGAUGAGAAGUAGACUUAUUUUUCCCACAAGAUCAUACUUUUACCAGCGUAUUCCAAGAGAUUAUUAUAACUAAGGGUAUUCCCAUCUGUGUGAGGAAAAGAGGAAUCUUUUCUGUCUCUGAGAGGACACAAAAUUACCACUGAUUGCAUCCAUCGAUCCCCACAUAUCUGUCAUUACAUGCCAGUAUAAUGGUUUGAAUGUGAACCACCACAGAUGGCAAUAUGUGACAACAUAGGAAUUUAAGUUUUCAAUCACAAGCAUUCUUAAUCCUCCUUUCUCCCUCCUCUUACAGGCCUUAGAUGGUUUUUUGGUGGCGCUAACAACAGAUGGAAACAUCAUAUACGUUUCUGACAGUGUGUCUUCACUUAUUGGCCAUUUACCCGUAAGUAUCUAAAACCAGUAUUGUUGAUUUCUUAAAAAAAAAAAAAUCACAAACAGUUCAUGAAUAAAUAGAGGCUUAUGACUGUUUAACUUUUAUUUUGGUGCUUUGUUGGGUAUCGAAAUGUUUCCUGAAUGUUGUUUUUAGUUGAGAACUAAUUUUCUUCUGCAUCAUAUGACCGAAGAACAAAUAGAGCUUGAUCAGGAACAAACAGACGACCAUUGUACAUCAUUUACUGGUAUUUAUGCCAAAUAUUGGUACUGAUAAACUGAUGUCUAAAAUUGGUCAGAUUCAAGAGUGGUUUAGCUCAAUUAAAGCAUACCCUGAGUACAGAGUCUAAAGUCUCACAGGGGUCGCUGGUUACUGUCCCAGCCAUGACCUUUUGCUGCAUCUUUUACCCUGCUUUUACCUCUACUUCUUGCAUUUAUUGUUUCAAUUCAGCUGCUCCGUAUAGUACAGGCUAAAAUAAUUUAUAAUCUGCUGAUUUGACAUUCUACAAAAUUAUCUGUUUGUGUGAUCUUGUGUACCUAAACCUUUGUUAAGUGCCCAGAAGCUUUGUCAUCCACUGUGUAAAGCUUUUUCUACAGCAGUGGUGUUUCAAACAACAAACUGACCAGCACACAUCUCUUUUCUUGUACCAGUCAGAUAUGGUGGACCAAAAUAUCUUGAAUUUCCUCCCGGAGCGGGAACACGGCGAGGUGUAUAAGCUGCUAUCAUCCCACAUGCUGAUGACUGACCCCAUUGCUGCUGACUUCCUGGACAGUGAGUAUCUUACUGGGGCGACCUCUCGGUACACGUCUGACCCCCGACUGUUUCUGUUUGAGCUCCCAUGUCAGGAGGUCAAAAGUUCAGCGAUUUGGGAGAAAUACUGUAUACAUUUGAUUGUUAGUGUAUAAAAAUAUCUCUGUGUGCUAUUUGUCUGACCCCAGACUCUUUAUAUAGAGCAGGUUGCUGUACUGGGACCAAAGUUUAUAGGAUUGCUGAUUAGUGUGUUUCUAUGAUUAGCCUUUUAGCUAUUAUUAGGAGCUAGCUUAGUAUCAUUGUUAAGACUUUAAAUCACCGUUAUGUUAGCACAGUAAUCCAGCACUAUGUAGUAUCUGGGGCUCAAGACUCUGACCUUAAUCCUGUGUUACUAUUGGGCUUUUCUGAGGAACAGAGAUGGUAAGGCUCGCUCUAUUCUUAGAAGCCUAAAUAGCAAACUGUCACAGAGCAUUGUCUGAACUGUUCAUCACAUCCUGAGCACAUUUAACAGACACAUACAUCUUUUAUCUUCUUCGCAUAUAGAGGAUAUUAUAGCUUAUAAAUCAUUUACUUACACGUUACACAAGCCGGGGUUUUUAUAACAACCAGCUUUUUCUGGGGUGGUUUGAUGGAUUCUUGUAAAAGACUUCUUCAAGUGGUGCCAAAGCUAUCCUGACCCCUCCGCAGAGAACGUUUAGAUUUUUGAAAUUCGGUGAAAUAAUCAGCUGUCUGUAACUGAUGGUAAAUUAUGCCCGCUCUCAUUGUUAAUCUGCAGGAAAUGUAAAAGUCGAGGUCAAAGUGCUCCAUUAGUAAGUUUUCUACUUCAGAGAUUUGACAUUAGAGAGCAAAUGAAGCUUAAAGUGCAUUAUUUAUGCCGGCAAGCCAUGGAUGUGCUGCUUUGACUCUCCCUGUGGAUGUAAGGAUGUAUUAAUGAGUAUCAGAAUAUUACAUAAGAAGAAACCCAGCAACCCUUCCUCUCCCCUCAGGGUAUUUGAAUACUUGAAAGCAAACAUCUUUUGUUGGAUGUGUUGAAGUAAGAUAAAAAUGAGAUUUUAUGUGAUUUCUCCUCCGCUUUGUAGCAACAAAGUUAACUCUCUUCUCUUUUUCACUGCAGCUCUGUAACUAGUGCACUCCUUUUUUUUAUACAAAUUACCAACACAGCCAGAAGGGUCUUGUUAAUAACCCAGACAGCUUGUUAGAAAUAUGAACGUGUUCUGAAUAAUAGAAAGACAUUAGAAUUUAAUGUCAAAUCUGCUGUUUUUCAGGUGAGGCACAUAUUGAAUUUUGUUGUCAUCUAGCCAGAGGUAACAUUGAUCCAAAGGAGCCUCCUGUGUAUGAGUAUGUCAAGUUUGUUGGAGAUUUCAAGUUUCACAACAAUGGUGAGAAUUUUAAUGUCUUCUUCUUUUAACAACUGAAGUACAAUCUGUAACUUUUAAGUGUUUACGGAAAUAUAUCUUUAAACUAAAUAAAUGUACAAAAGAUAGCCCUUUUAUAUGUGAUCACAAAGAAAGAUGUCACAUUACAAUGUUGUCCCUCUUGUCACACAGUGCCUACAUCUUCUUGUAAUGGACUUGAAUUGACGUUACCAAGAAGCCUGCAGUCCUCACUGGAGGAGCAAGUCUGCCUCAUUGCUACUGUACGAUUAGUCACUCCACAGUUUCUAAAGGUAAGACCAGUUUAGACCCUCAAACUUCGCUUGUUUUUUUCAUCUGUGCUUGUUGCAUUUGUGUGGCGUCAUCUCGAGAAAGAAUAAAACAGGUGGUCGUUCUGAUGUGGUGAAAUCUCUCACCACCAGAUGCUGUAUGACAUGAUGAUGCGAUGGUCUAGGAUAAUAGGAGGGGAUUUUGUCUUCGGGAUCACACAUUUAGGUUCAUAUGAGUCCAUUGUGUAAAACACUCACUCCGAAUUUAUUCUGGCACACUGUACUUUCCAACUGGUUACAUCAUUAGGAUACAUCUGAUCCUAAAGGUGCUGUGGGAGUUGAAAUCUGGACACUUGGCAAGUUAUCAAGGUGAAUUAAAGUCACAGUCAAUGGCCUGGAGCCUGUCUGAGAUCAUUGAGAUCAACUCAGACCACAGGAACGGUCAGAUCCUUACAAAACAUUACAGCAGUGUUAUAAAAUUGCACACAUCUGAUGGCCAAGACCAGAUUCACACGGUUGUUUGUGGAGUUUAGCAUUAACAAGUCUUAUUAAACUUGUUUACAAUGCAUGGCUGAGGCUAACAGGAUAGUACUGCAUGAGUGGGCGUGAGUACAAGAAGGCUACAAAAUGAAGUGUCUCUGAGGGUUUUUCUUAGGCAACUUGGCAAGUCUAGUCUUUACGAGUUUUUUAUUCCGCAAUCAUUAUUUUUGCCUUGAAAUGUGCCGGAGCUCAGAGGACAAAGGUGUCAGAAGAAGCAGAUCUAUUGGAGCGGCUUCAACCCUCCUCCAAUGCUUUUCCCAAAAUGUUAAAGACACUGAUUACUCUGAUUUACCAGAUGGAAUGACUCUUACGAAUAAAGUCCGGACCAUAUGGCAUUGAAUAUUUUUCUCUUAUUCUCUCAUCUUCUCAGACAAAAGCAAAUCUAUUUAAAAAACAGUUUUAAUCUGCCCUUUUUACAUAACUCUGCUCUUUCCUCCUUGCAUUUUUUUUAAGUCAUCAUAAUAUUCAGAUUGUGCAAAUUGGUUAAGCUAAAUGAAAUGUUAAUCAAACGAAAAGAAAAUGAGGUUCAGACUUUACCUGGUUUAUGUCAGAGUCUUUGAGUUCAUCAUCUAAAAAUGUGAAACUUCUUGAGUGAAGAUAAGAUAUGACAAGGCUACAAGAUUUUCUCACUCUGUUAUUUCUUCUUUUUCAGGAUUUGUGUAAUGUGGAAGAUCCUUGUGAUGAAUUCACAUCCAGACACAGCCUUGAAUGGAAGUUCCUGUUUUUAGAUCACAGGUCAGUCGAUUUUUCUGAUGUCUAUCAAACACAAACACACAUUAUUGUCAAAGUUUAUUGUUCUCAUAUUUCUUCUUCAUCCUCCUCUUGUUCUCUUUCAGAGCUUCACCAAUCAUCGGCUAUUUACCCUUCGAGGUUCUUGGAACUUCAGGCUAUGAUUACUAUCAUGUAGAUGACUUGGAGCUCAUAGCUCAGUGUCACAAGCAGCGUAAGUAACUCAGCUCUUUCUGUUAGUGCUCUCAAAUCACCUGCUCUCCUGCGUAGACACAGCCUCGACCUCUGACACAUGAUCCGAGCUUGAUGUCAGGGUCAUUUGUCUCUCCACAGUGAUGCAGUUUGGAAAGGGUAAAUCCUGCUACUAUCGCUUCCUGACCAAAGGUCAGCAGUGGAUUUGGUUGCAGACCCACUACUACAUCACGUACCACCAGUGGAACUCCAAACCUGAGUUUAUUGUCUGUACUCACACUGUUGUCAGGUAGGGGCUGGUGCUUGUACCUCAAAACAGAAUAUCAGCAAAUUCGGUUGAAUUCGCUCUUCACAUUGUCCUUCUGCAUGUUUUCCAGUUACGCUGAAGUACGGGCUGAAAGAAGGCGAGCGUUUGGCUUUGAAGAGCUGUCUCCACCUGAGAUCGCUCCCUCUUCAGUGAAGGUAAGCCCCCACCACCACCACCACCACCACCACACACACAUCAAGUUUACAGAGUCAGUAUUUCUGAUCCUUCAUGUUGGACACGGCUCUCUGUGUUCCAGGCUCAGGAGCUGUACUUGGACCUCUGCUCCACACUGGACCCUCCGCGGGACAGAAACAGCGGCGCACGUUCGGUAUCCUCCCACAGCUCCCGGAAGUCCUCCCACACAGCACUGUCGGACUCUGCAUGUGAGUCAUCCUCUGCUCCCCAAAGUGCUAACUCACUCGGGUCAAUAUGUACAGAAACGCUGCUCCCGUGUAGCUGCAGGGACUUGUGAUUUACGGGAAAAAUGUUCCGUGUUUUGGUGCGGAUGGUGACAUGUUCUCUGCAGCAACAGUUACAAAAUCUUUUUAAAAUCAUGAUUCGAUUUGUUGGACUCAAUAGAAGCUGAAAAGUCUCUGAUAUAACCUUCACACAGACCAGAAGUCAAUAAAAUAUCUACUUUGAUAUCCGUGGGUGACAGUGCAUUGAUGAUGAAAUGUUUCCAAGGCUUACUUUAGCUUUCCCUGUUUGUUUGAGCCUCCAGUCUCUGUGACUUAAGCUGCUCCUCCACCCACCGUCUAAUGUACUCGAACACUUCUCUUCCAUCCUCAUGUUUAUGAACAAUACACACAGAGGAGGAUUUAUUACAGCAAGCUAUUCAUAAACAUAACUGCUGUCUUCCAUUCACCCACACACACACGUUCACUUUCAUUAUUUUAUCAGAGACAUGCUCAUAAUACUCCAUCAGUCAGGUAAAUAAUAGUUAGUCCAUUAUUUUUCUGGUCUUUUUUCAUGCUGCGUUGGCUUCGCUGAAAUAAUAUCCGCUGAAUGCAUCACAGUUUGUGGGUUUAAGUCAGAGGCAGAGUGAGGUGGCAAUCAAGGGUUAGUGAAUCAGCAGGAUCUUUAUAUAACCAGGAAAAAAAAAAAAACUUUUUAUAACAUUUUGCACAUCUAAAAGAGUAGUUACUACAUUUAAGACAACAUUUGAAAGAGUAAAGACUAUACUCUUCUGAAAAUUCAUGUCCAUAAAAGAAGGUGGACUCCUCGAAGUCAAGUCUGAGCUGAAACCUCUUUACUAAUAUUAUGACAUACUUAUUAUUAUUAGGAGCACUUUUUUCUCCAAACUAUGUGCUGGAUUAAUCUUGACUGACUGUGGAGGCUUUUGAUAGUUUUGAAAACACCCUCUGCUUAUCAACAUUAGGUCCUGAUUGAUUCUGUCAGCAUGUUGGGAGACUGAAAUUAGCAUUUAAGUAAAAGCAUGGUCUGUUUUUGUGUAAAUAUGCACUGUGGUUUUCUUUAUGGAGAGACAAAGUGUAAAGUGGUGGGUUCCAAUAACUUGAAAAAGACUCAAUCAAUACUAUCAAUCAGAAUCCUAAUUAACCAAACAUAUUGGACUUUUGAUGAUAGGCUAACUUGAGUAUUUCACCCUGGACAGUUGUCUGUUAAAAUUCAAUAAUCUGCUUACCAGGGUUUAAAAACUUCUGACAGUUUGAUGUGAGAAAUUCUUGUUGUUGACUGUGUUUUUAUAAUUGUACAUACAACAAAGAGCAGAGUUUUACAACAGUGUGCCUUUUCUUUGAAAGAAGAAGAGAAGUAUUGACUUCAAGCUGAAAAGUGAGGGGGGACAUGCACACCUUUGUAACAGUAUCUAUAAAAAAAGAUCUACAGUGGGAGGGUUUGAAGCAAGAUUUUCUACUUUUUGAUUCUCAGCCAAAAAGAUCUGUAGAGGAACUUAGUGGAGCUGCAGCCCGGCACUGAACAGAGAAUGACUGACAGAUUUAGGGAUGUAAUACAAACUGUAUCCCACUCAUGAAAGGAGCCGAGCGUGAGAUUUUAUUGCUUUGUUAUCAGCCGUCAUUUGAAAAAGAAAACCGGUGAUUAGGAUCUAACACACCCUCAGUGAAGUGUUUCCAGAUAAUGUUUAGAGGUGACCUAUUGUGUCUUCUGCAGCAGCUAACUCCUACACAGAGGCCUGCACACCGUCAUGGCAGUCAGCCUCCAUUGGGACAGAGAAGACAUCUGCCAGACUCCAGCCUAGUAGUUCAAAGGUCAGUUUAUACAAUGUGUGCAAUGUGGGCCUGUCUUUUGUGAUAAAGGCUGUUGGUGAGAAACAGUCGCAUAUAGUUUUCACAUUGUUACAGGUUGUGCUAAAUUGUAAAACUUUGCUGUUUUCCCCGUUUUUGUAGAAUUUGGCACAAAGACAAAAUUCUUUUGACCCCGUUCCCCAAAUGAGCCUCCCCCUCUCUCCUACCUGCAGCAAGCACUCCGCAAUGGUUAGUCUUCUUCUCCUGCCUGUUCCUUUCCUCUGUUUGUGUAUGGUAUCUUACUGUUAUGACUGUUCCUGCUGUAUGUGUUUAUUUCAUCUGUUGUCUGCGCCUACAGUCCCGGUUUGAAGAUUGUGAUACUAAACCACGUCAGAGAGAUUGUUAAAACAUAAAAUAAGCAUCUGAAAGGCGCUUCUUGGUGAAGCUUUGCACAUUUAUAUCACUUUCACAAACUAUUUUGGAAGCUUGAUGUGCUUCUACCAUCUAGAAACUAAAACAUAAACCAACACAACACAUUUCCCCUCAAAUACAAAAAAAAAACCUGCCUGAAAAGUCUCAUUUGUUAUAAUGUCUACCCCUUUUGACCUAUCUUUCCAGCAACAGCAAACACAGCAGCAGGCGUCGUCAUCUAUGUAUCAGCUCCAGCAGCCUCAGCUCUGUGUAAUGAACCAGCUGAAGGAGCAGCUGGAGGAGAGGACGCGCAUUCUGCAAGCUGACAUUAAGACGCAGCAGCAGGAGCUCCACGACAUUAAGGAGAAGCUUCAUCUCGCUAAUCUCCAGGUAACACUCCCGCCAGGAUGAGAAAAUAUACAUACUGCCCAUGGCGGUUACUUGAGGGUGAUAGAUGGUAGGGGACCGCUCCAUAUGUAUGACCCACAAGAUUUGUGAAAAAAGGCAGGUUGGGUGUUUUUGAGCUGUGUAAAAGAUUCAAGCGUUGACUUAAAUAAAAUAAAAAAUUUAAGCCAGAAGUUUAAAGUUUAAAUGCAAACUUCGAAUAACUAACUCCACAUAGUAAAGGUGUUAUGGCCCAUUAAGAUGUGUUCAAACUGCAAUCAAGAUUUUCAGCCUUUCACAACCUAACGUUUUCCCGAGAACAACCUUCCUGAAUAAACGAGAAAAAUAACUGAAGGUGACAUCAGGAAGGCAGAAAAAUAAAAUGACAUUAAUAUGUGUUUUUCUCCUGUCAGCUGUAAUGACCAGAAUAAAUAUUCUGCUUACUCUCUGCGAGACACUUAAGCUUGCUUCUGGGAAAUAAUGAGAUCAAGUCAGGAUAUCGCUACAGUCAACACACAGCGCUUUCAGCUCAGCAUCACUGCCUGCUGCUAAGAGCCCGAAUAUAAUGUUCUCUCUGUCAUAUUUCCUCACCACAUGCUUUGGAGUUUUUUUCAGCACAGGGUUGUUUACCACAAAACCUUUCCAUGAAAAAAAAAAGUUAUCUUUUGUGUCACUGCGACUAAGGAAAUCUUGGCUAGCAAAUACUGGAAAAAGUGACAUUUUGAGCACAUUUAGAAAAAUAAACUUUGUACAUAAUAAGGUCAGCAGCAUUGCUGCCUACUCAGUCCACAUGAUGGCACUCAUGAGGCUCACCAAUGGACUGCGGCCAACUGGUUGCUCUGUUAUAUGGGUCAUGUAGUGCCUCCAUUCUUGGAGAACAGUCUCUGGGAAUUUUGCUGGUUGCCGAAUUUCAUAGCCUAAUUACCUUAAACACAGUGUGAGAUGAGCUUUGAUUUUUAAAAAGACAAACACUUUAUUUCUUGCAGCUCAUUAACAUUUUUCAAAUUUUUUGAUUUUAACUUGUCCUGAUUUUUUUUUAUCUGCCCUAUUGUCCUGAAUAUGAAGAUAGCAAAGCAAUUGUUCUCAUUUGAAACCAUGUAACUACUUUAUGGUAAAGUGGAGAAUAAACUAUUAUGUUCUGCUUGUGUGUGUUAGAUGUUGUUACAGCAGCCUGUCCACAAUGACUUUGGUCCGGCCCAGCAGCAGCCCCAGCAGCAGGGUGCAGGCAGGCCCACCCAGCAGGGUCAGUCCGGGGUGAUACGGCAGCAUGCAGGUCACCCAAAAGCAGCGUCCUGUGGGCCUCACAGUUCCUCCCCUCAUUCCCUCAUGAGAGAGAGCAGCUCGCCCUCCACACAGGUACACAGCUGCACGAUGAGUUACCCAUUCAAAUCCGAUCCAAGUGUUCCUGCAAACACAGCUGUUGAAACGCUCUGAAUGAGGAUAAUAUUCAGUCAAAUUAGCUUCAGUCAUUAGCUGCUAACGACUCGUAGCCUACUUCAGGGCUCUUAACACAACAGGAGGCAGGUUAUAGAUUCAGCGUUUAAUAUCAGUGUCAGCAGGUGGUGCGAUCAGCUCCAUAGCAAUGAGCUGUUUGCAGCUUGAGCUUGUUUGCAUUGUAACGAAAAGACACAAAAACAACACCAUUAAGACUGUUGAUGUUUCUGAUGUCGCACUCAGUUUACAGCUCCAACGAGGAGUUUUCAGUGGGUUGUGAAACAUAUUGACGUAAAUAUUGACGCCUGUAACUGGGCUAGGAAUGCAAAACAGACCAACAGACUGAAGAAUGUUUUUUUUUUUUUUUCUGUGAAGAUAUUAUUAUUGCCUGAAAGAACUGCUGUGAAGUGGGUGUCAGAUGAAGUGACUUAGAGCAAACUGCAGAAACCACUUUAAUUUGUUUUAUCCACAGCAAAUAGUGAAAUAUUUGUGUGCUUUAACAAGGCAGAGUGAGACUUUUUAUGAAAGUCUGUACAUUCUCCCUGUGAACAAAGUCUUAGUCCUUUUGCCUAUGAGCACCACAUUACUAAAGUAUCAGGAUUGUGAAUCAGUUGCACUAGAAACAGAGUUUUGUUCCUCACUUAGAUUUUAUAAGAAGUUACUGGGAAGAGUUACUGACUUCUGUAACCACUGUUUGUGUUCAGCUGAUGAGUUUAACUUCACCAAAUGUUCCACGUUCUUCGGCAGGUGGCUGUCUGCCCUUCGAAUGUCACCCUGUUUGUAAUUUAACUGAAAUUACCGAACUUAACCCCCAAUUAGUCUAUAAAAAAAAAAAAAAGCACAACUUUUCCUGCCUGGUCAAACGGCACAUGCUGUAUAGGGUGGGAAGUAUUAGCAUGUUAAAUAUGUAUGUUGUAUAAUUGUUUAAUGUUUUAUUCAUACUCUGUGUAUUUUCUGUGUUCUACUGUAGGUCCAGCAGAGGAUUUCACGGCCUGGGCAGCCCCAGUCUGUGAGCAUGCCUGUCCAGACAAACACAAGUGUAACGAUGCCCUUCUACAGCAACCCCAUGAUGUUCUCUCAGACCAACACCAGGUCUCUGCAGGACGCAAACCAAAGACACACAGACAGCGAGUUUAGCCAAGAUGGACAACUACGGUGAGAGUCAAGAAAACAAGAAACAGAUCCUUUUUCACUUCAAGCUCAGAGUCCUCUCUCUUUUUUUCACAGCACAGAUUGAGUUCCUUCAGUAACAGAUGUCAUUUUCUUACAGCAUGCUUCUCAACCAGCCAAUGCAGACGCUGGUUCCCACUAGCAGUGUCACCUCGCAGCCUUCCCAGUGUAACAUGGGUCUCUCCCAAACCAUGUGAGCAUAGUUCUAUCAGACCGCACACACACACACACAUGUUUAUGAGUGUACGGUUAUUUCAUGUCAUGUUAAAGUUCCUCGCCGUGUCCUCCGCACAGAUACACCCUGGAGCAGCAGAUCAUUGCCCCGUCAUUCUCCAUGCAGCAGGUCAACUGUAACGCCGUCCUCGUGCCCUCUCCGGUCUUCACUUCACCCAUAAUGAUCCCUCACAACAGCUUCAUCUCAAACCAGUCCCAGUCGGCCUAUCACACUCAGCAACAGGCUUCCCAGCACUCCCUGCAGCUACAACAGCCCCAGCAGUUCUUUCAGGUGUGACGCUCAGAACAAAGCUGCACAUAUUGGCUGGAGGCAUUAUUUUGACUUCAGCGAGUAGGGGAUUGUUGCAUGAUGCUGUUCGGUGUAAUUACUUCAGGCUCUAUGUUUUCUGAUUUAUGAUAAUUUUAAGGCAUUGCACUGCAUCUGAAUCUCUAGUUACCACAGCAACAAGCUGCUCUGCCAUUCCCACAGACUGUUAACCAAGGAGAUAUGUGUUUUUGUAAAUCACUGAAACCUUAGCUUCAGUAACCCAGUUUUUUUGUGUGGUGUUGAAUUUACUUAUUGAGCCGUGAAAAUAUUGACCACAGAGAAAGAGUACAAGUCUGGUGGAUAAGCAGAUUAGCUUAUUUGAAUCUCUAAGUGCAUCAAAGAGAAUACUUUAUUGAUUUUAUCAGUAACAUGCUCUGAAGUUACUUUAUGGAUCAAAGACACUUUGAUUAAUUUAUUCACUUUUAUUACUUGUUUAAGUGUCUGAAAUGAUCUCUUUUGUAAAAUAUUGUUAGUCAGACAAGCAUAUAAAGAGACAUUGCCUUUGAUCACACUGUUAUUUCACACACAGGUGACAAAAAUAGGUAUAUUAACAUCUAAGACUGUGGAGGUGUUUUUCAGAUCUAUUGAAAAAAAAAAAAAUAAGUUCAUUAAAUUCAAAGAGAGGCUCACCUUUAACAUCAUGUAGAUUUUAUAAAUGCAUUUAUAAGGUUUAAUGACAACUCUUAUAAGUGAUAAGCAAUCAUAACAACUUACAGGGCUAGGUAAAAUGAAAUUCCUCAUAAAGGUAUGAGUUAUGCUGCCUUCGAGUUAUCUCAAAAGAAAGUCAGAUGUCUGAGCUGGGAAUGACUUCACACCUGAGUUACCAGCGUUUCAGUAGGUCAGUUGGAAAAGCAAAAUCAGAGGCGGAAACAAGAUGGCUAAGUCUACGAAAGGGGAUGUUAAAAUAACUUAAAAUAUCUCAAAUAACAAGCGCUAAAAUAACUUUUGUAGAUGCAGCUAUCUUGUAUCCUUCGAUUUUGCUUGUUUCCGACUUGGUAACUGAAAUGCUGGUAAUUCGGGUCAGAAGUCAUUCCUAGCUCGGACAUCUGACUUCUGAGGUAACUCGAAUGCAGCAAUAUUACAUUAUACCUUUGAGAAAAACUUACAACAGCACCUUUAUAUUUCUGGUUCCCGCAACAUAUUGUUACACCCAAAAUGUUAUCCAGUUAGAAAGAUUCAUGGAGAACUAAUUCAGAGUGUAAAAACAAGCCCCUAUUAUUAAUAAGUCAUAAGUCAAGUAAGAAUCAUUGCAGUAGCCAACAGACACGUUUUCAUGUUUUCUCUGCAUUAUAACUGAACUGAGAUGGAGUUAUGUCCAUGUGAAUCUAAAAUUCAUCACAAGUAGCUCCUGUUCUACCUACUUCUUUAAAAACUCAAACUUAUUAUUCCCACUCAGGCUCAGCCCUCCUCCCACACACACAGUUCUUCAUAAAGACCAAAAACACCUUCUUACCUCAGAAAAAGCUGUGCCUGGUAUAUAUUUGUGACUCUCCGUAGGUACUGCUGAGUUUAUUAUAACACUCAGAAAUGUCUGCAUCUUGUGUUUUGAAACCCACUGUUUUAAAAGUAUAGAUCUCACUGAAAAAAAUGAGAAAAGGGGCUUCUGCCAGCUUGUCUGAUUUCAUUUUGUUUCUCUUUUGUUUCACAGAUGACUCAAGGACUUGUUCACGGUGGAUCUACUUCAGCAUUCUUACACACCGCUAACGUCCCGCAGCAAAGCACUGUGGGAUACAUCCAGCAGCAACCACAAACACAGCAAGUGCCACAAGCACAACAGCAGCAGGCACAACAGCAACAAAGGCAAUACCAACAUUCCCAAAACCAGACUGGCAGUGUUUCAGACUUUAGAAAUAUGCUGACUCGGUAGCGCUGUGGACUGUGUGAGAGCGUGGAUGUCUCUCUUUCUCUCUCUCUCUCUGUCUGUUGUCUUCAUGUGGACGGCAGCAAGUCGAGGCAUUUGGAAUCAAACUUGAUGUCAAGUUCAGCAGCAGGAAUGCUCCGGAGGGGUAAACAGCUUCUAGUGACCUUAUUUUAAUGUGAAGCUGCCCGUUCAGAAGAAGCUGAGGCUGCAGAACUCAAGGAGUGAGUGUGAGGACCGCGCCUUCGUCCACUGGCCCCCUCAUCACACUCAGACAUCAGUGGCUGGAGCUGCAGGAUUAUCAAGUGGAUUAUCAAAGCUCUCCAGAGGACGCCACUUUUCGCCUACCAGAGUGUUUACUUGCACUUUGAUACUGCCCCCUACCUAAAAGUACUAUAUUUAUUUUUCCCCAUAAAUUAAUAUUUUUUCUUCACAUCUGAUAGCUUAACAGUGAGAUUAUUUUCAAACCUACAGCCUGACAAAUCCUCCCCACCGUCAUCAAAUCAGCUGAUUUUGUUUUAGCUCCAGUGGACGUGGUUCAUCUCAUGAAGGGAUUUAUGUACCUGAGAACUCAGUCACAUUAAUGUUUAUUUUAUUCUGCAGCUUAAUAGACUUUCUUUGUUGGUGUUUUUCACUGAGGAGGGGCUGUACUGUGAAACAUUCAUUGUUGAGAUGACCACCGAUUUUAAAUUCAGGUUCAGUAUGAAUUCAAAUGUCACAAGCUACACUGGGAAGCUGUGGGGAGGAUGUAAUCUUCAGCAGUUAUUUGAAAGGUCUAUCUAGAUUUUUAAAGCCUCAAUCUGGGAUCGAAGGAGCAAAGCUCUGAAGUCCUGCUUUCAGGUGCUUGUGAUGAGCUCUGUCUCAAAGCGAUACACAAGCUGACAGAGGGGGGAAAUAUUUGUGCCUUUAACCGUGGUUUGUACACGGUGUGGUUUGAUGGUCUAAUCUGAUUACGGCUUUAAAAAUCCAGCUCAGGUCCAUUUGGAGUACAAAGUUCUAUUUUCAUAGGUCAUAAUGUAUUAUUUUCAGCAUUAGAUUUCAACAAAAGACAUCUAGAUUUGUAAUGGAUAAAUUACAAAUAUUUAUUGGAUGCUUCUUGCAACCUUUAUGUCAUUUACUUCUGUAGUAACCUUAACAAGAUUUGAACAUUAGUAGAAACCCUUAUAAAAUCAUUUCAUGUUUAUUUAUUUUAAAAUAAAGAAUAUAGAAAGCAAAUCUAUGGGAUCGAGAGAGUAGUUUUAUACACAAAAAGAUUUUAUCUGUUUGCCAAGAUCACCUAGUUUUCUGGUUUGAUGGGAGAUUGUUUAAAGGGGCAGUUCACCACCACUAAUCGUACUUAUUUCACAUCAGAAUACAACAAACUGCUUUAUAGGUGGAAAAUCAGUAAUUUGUAUUUCUUGUAAACAGUGAAAAGAAAUUCUGCUAUCCAGAUAUUUUUCACCAGUGUUAUCCCUUUUUUUCCACUCUGGUUGUUCUUGUGUUUUCUGUUUUUGGUUCUCCAAGUAAUCAUGAAAUGUAGACCCCCAACCAUGACAGAGUGACACCGCUAACUACCGUGAAUGUCAUCAGAUUGUGAAAGGAAAAACACAAAAGUGAAUUUUGUCUCCCUUUGCUUGAGUUAAAAGAAAUCAUUCUGCUGUGGUUAACAAAAAGACAUUUAACAAAAUCUAAAAUACCAAACUGUUCCAUUUCAAAAUGUUACAAACCUUUUUUUUCUUCUGAAACUUUUGGAUAACCAUUCUCAACUCCUUUUGUAGAGAUGCUGUUUUAUGUUGGCUUGGUGAAGCAAAGCCUGCUGGAAGACGUGAAGCUGCUAAUCAGCUCCUGCAACUGCACCCUCAUUUAAAACCGAUCAUGAGAACAAGCAGAAGUGAAAGCUCAUCGACUCCUGCUGUAAUGCUGCAUCAUGCAUUUUGAAAAACAGUGUCGUCUGCAUUGUGAUAAUAUUGACUAUUGCAGUGUAUUGUGGGAGUUUGGUUAGCAGCUGAACAAGGUUCAGGAGGGAAAGCACACUUAAACAUCUCUCUCUUUUCUUCAAUGACAAUCAGACAGCUUGUAACUGUCCAGAAACUGUGCCAGAGUCAGACUUUGUUAUCCUAAUUUGGUUUUUUAAGCUUGUUUCCCAGUUAGCUGAGCAGGAAAAACUGUUUCUUGAAAUCGUCACUGUGGAACUCGUGCUACACUUUAUAAAAAAGCCACGUCAGCUGUUCACGGUCACCUCAGCUCCGUCACAGCCCCUCUUUGAGACUGGUGCUGCUCUCAGUGGACAGUGAGACCUGGCUGUCUGAAAAACUUUCAACAUGAACGUUCAGUGCCGUUUUACACUUUCCUAUGUGCAAUGUUGAUUUGAAAAGAAGAAUGUUAAUUUAUACUGUUUUAAAUGUUUCAGAACAGAUGUACGAUGUAUAUAGAGGUGUAUAAUAAGCCAUUGUAACAUGUAAAUUAUAUGGAAGUAUUUUUAUAAUGAAAAUGUCCUAACAUUCCUUCAGACGUUGAUAUCAGCAGUAUCUUUUCUAGGGUACAGCCAGUGAUUUAAAAAUUUCACAGGACUUUGUCUGCAUUUCUGAAACAGGAGAACAAACACAGGAACUCUGUAGUUAUCAUUCAUGCAUUCACCUUAAUUAUAAAAAAAGAAAUUAUUUUGACUCUGUUGAUCCUUGUUGAGCAGAAUUUCAGACCACGAGUUCAUCUCACAUAAAAGGUUUCAGUUUCAGAUUUUGAUAAAAGUGCAAUUGUUUUGUGUGUGUGUAUAUGUAUAUAUAUAUAGCUAUGUAUAUAUGUAUAUAUGUAUAUAUAUAGCUAUAUACAUAUAUAGCUGAAGUCAUUUUUUCCUUUCAUGUAUUUCUCCACACAUAUUCUGUAUAGCAGCAGUAAAGUCAGAACAGCCAGCAACUCAGAGGUGCCAUAGAUGACUAUAUUUUUACUUUUAUUCAUUACUUAUAGAAGGAAUUUAAAAAAGAAAAUCGUAAAGCUCUCAGUUAAUUGCAGUAAAGCUUCACAUUAACAAUAUUUCCAUCACUACACAACUCACUUUAGAUUUCAGCCCAUGUUUGUCUUCACAUCAACCUGUCGCUCUUAUUUGCCUUGAAAAGGUGGUUGGGGGAGAUUCUGCCCAUUAAACUCUCGUUGAAAUCGUUUGUGUGUUGUGCGCUAGUUUUGUGUGAAGUCCUAAAUUAUUUAGUUUUGGACAAAUCCCCUCGUUCUCUGCCAGAUGUUUGGAUGUAACAUGGUUUCCUUUAUGUGUGUAUUCUUGUAAAUAAUCCACCUGCUCAGUCGGUACUGUUUUUUUUUUUCUUUUGUAGUCGCUGCACCUUUUUUUGUUCUGUUCAUCUUUCAGAAAGCUUUUCCUCUUCUUCAUGGGGUUUGUCAUUGAGAGUCACUGUUUUUGAAGGCAUGUGAUUUGAAUCACAUCUAACUUGUAUUUUUCUGAUUUGUAAAAAUAUUGACUGACACCUUGACUGUGAGCGUGUGCAGUCAGAUCAAUGCUUUCUGUGUAAGACUUACCAGGACCUGAACAAAAACAAACCUGGUUCACAGCCAUUUCUGCAGUUUCAGUGCAGAAACAAACAUUGAAUAUAUUGUAAAAUAGAAUGUAAAAAAGUUUAGACACUAUAGUUGUUUAUUUUAUAUGUCUAAUAGAUUACAUAUGUAUGUUACAUGAUUUCAAAAUUAAAGUAAUUUUGUAACAGAUAAUGAAGUGUCUUAUUAGAGGAGCCGAGGCUUUUUUUGCAUUGGAGUUGGUGUUGCACAGUCACUUGUAUGGCUUGUUUUCUUUCUGUAUUUUCCAUCAAAAUAAGCUUUAAAGAUAUCGUUAAUAUUGUUUAAAAGAAAUUAAUAAAUUAAGUUUACAUUCUAAAAUAUCUUGAUAUUAAUUAUGUUAUAUUGAAUUAUUUAUAAAUCAACCUGGAUAUUGUGAAAUAUUUGAAAAUAAAUAUUUUUAAACAUAUGUAUUGUUAUUCUGAGCAAACUGUUUACACAGGAGUUAUUUAUGUGCCAGACUGUUCACAAACUCUGUUUACUUAAUGCAGAUUUUUUUUUUUGUUAUCUGUUUACAGAUCAAAGUAUUUCUGUUAUGAUGCUCGACAGCUUGCUGACUAUAAUCCAUGUAUGACAGUGUCUUCAUGGUCUGUUUAGGUUGAGGCAUUACGCCGAGUUACUCAGUGAACAUUAGGGGGCGCUAAUGUGACAGAGUCAGCGAUGAUUAAUACUGGAAUUCACUAUAACUGUUAUGGAAGUCACAAUGUCUUGAUGAGCGGAUGUUGAAGUUGUUCCGCUUAUCAAACGACUGACAUAAACAUACUUUUGAAUAUGACAGGAAAUAACAAAAUACAAAAGCUUCUCCAUAUUUAAUGGAUAACAAAACACUUCACUAUUUCAAAGAUAUAAAGACAGGAUUCAAGAAAUAAGUGCGUUCACUGUACAUGGAAAAAAAUAUUUAUAUCAGUAAAUUUACAAGUGUUAAAGUCUGGUCUUUACAGUAACAGCAUUUGAAAGCUCUUCAAAUAUAACUUUAUGAACAUAUAAACAGUAAAUGCUGAUAUAUUGACAGUAAAUUCUAGUACAGUUAAGUCUUGCUCACCUGUACAUCUUAAUCCAAACAAACUUAGCUUACUUUGUACACCUUUGAUACAAAUACUUCUAUCUGAUCUCCACCCAGAUGACAGAGGUCCAGAACACACACGACAUGUGUGUCCUCCAGCUCACUGGCGGUCAUCAACACCUCUGCUGCAACACAAAAACAUUCACAUUAUCAUCAAACAGAAAAGUGUCAUACUAAUGACAAAACAGUUUCAGACAGCUGCUUGGUGUCUACCCGGCUCAGGAUGCAUCACUUCGCUGUGGUUUGCAGGGUCAUUGAGAGGACAGAGGAAACCUGACGAAAGGCAGGACAGCAUUGUGUUGCCAUGGGGAUCCUGAGGGAGGCCAACAGCCCUGGGCUCCUCUGCACUCACGAUGGGAGAAAAUACUGCAUCGACGGCUAUCUCCUUGUUCAUGCCUAUCAAGGGGGCACAGGAAGAGACAAUUUAAAAGUCCUCAGAGUCUUUGUCGACAAUCUAAAACCAUUAAUCCUAUUUUUCAUGCUGCUGUCUGCCACUCAGUCCAACCCAGAAGUGUGUCAGCCUUUCAGGAAGCUGAGUGAAAGCU